AUGAGUCUUUGUGAACUGCUUUGUUACAACGAACCAAACUGCGUCAGUGUUAAUUAUGAGAUACAAAGACAAAAACGAUGUGAACUGAACAAUUCAACACACCGAGCGCACGAUGCAGACUUGAAAGAGAAGGAAGGCUACUUAUAUCAUGGAGCAAUUGUAAGUUUUUUGUCUUCUCUUUUCUUCUCUUUUUUUCUUUUGUGGUCUGCUUUCAUCAUCUUCAAGGCGAUCAUGGCAUCAUAGUCAUCAGCAUCACAAGAGACGUCAUCUUCGUCAUUAGGAGUGAACGUCUCUUAAAAAAGUUAACUCAAGCUGUUUCCAAAUUCAUCACUCUUUUUCCAUGUCGCGAUUUGUGGUGAAUGUUGGUAAAUUUUUCGGGUGCUAAAUUCUAAAGGACUGUAUCUAAGUUAAAAAAAAGAAAAAAAGAUAGAAAUCGUUGUCCAGAAACGUGAAAUCAGUCGGGUCAUGAAACGACACCAACGAAAUAUAAAAUUAAGCUUAAUCCACGUGCAAAGUUGUCGUUGUUUAAGCUCCCUAUCAUAUCACCAUCAUCGUCAUCUUCAUCUUGUAGUUUAUAGUUGACGCUCGAUCAUGAAAGCUUGGCGUAACUUCUGUUACAAAUCAGACCUGAUUUUUGUUCUUUAAAGAGUGCUUGUGAUAAUCCCCGUUGCCAUAACAACGGUACCUGUCAGUCCGGAUUCACAGAGAAAAAAUAUCGGUGUUUAUGUCCUUCUGGUUUCACUGGUGAACACUGUGAGAAUGGUAAGUUAUUCUUGAAAGUUUCUUUUAAAGCAACUGAUUAAAUCAAAGGAGUUUAAAUCGUAAUAAAGAUAAUUUGAGCCGUUCAUGUCAUUUCUCACGGCAGUGUAUGAAACGAGCGGUUACUUUAAGGUUUUGUUAUCCUGUAACUUUAAAUUAGCCUUCUUUUAAUUGUCGCACACUUUCCAAUACUAUUUUCCACGAAAUUUUUGUUUUAUGUUUUCGCUAUCUUAUGUGUGUUUCUUGGUUAUUUGAGCUGCGUGUUAGGGCUUGUUGAUGUCAAAAGUCUUAUAAUUUUCUCAUAACUAAUUUAGUUCAUGAGUGAAAAUGAAAAAACAAACAAACAAAAAAAAAACAACGACAAAAAAACAAAUUAAACAUAGGGCCAUUUAUACGAGGAAAAAUAAGUAUGUAAGACGCGUCUUAAAUAAGACGCGAACUUUCCGUAUAAACGGCACAUUUCGUCUAGAAAUAAGACGCGGCGCGGCUUAGCUAAGACGCGUCUUAUUAGAUAAGACAUGCUCGUAUAAAUGGUACAGUUCGCGUCUUAUUUAAGACGCGUCUUAUUUUUCCUCGUAUAAAUGACCCUAAUAAGUCAAUGUCUUAACAGACACAGAAACAGUCUAACUUUUCUUUGGAUUCGACACCAAUGUUUUGGCUUGCUACUUAUAUUGUUACUAUCUUCCAGCAACCUCUUCUCUUGAUUUCACUGUAGAUAUAUUAAAACAGGGGAAAGUCUAAAACACAGAAAUGUUAAAUACGUUUGUUUCUAUUAUCGAUCAAUAUGAUUUCAGACAUCAACGAGUGCAAAAAAGGGACCCACAAUUGCAGUUCUAAUGCGGUUUGUAAUAACAGCAAAGGAUCCUACAACUGCACAUGUAAACCAGGAUAUGAAGGGGACGGAAAUAAUUGCACAGGUAAUUUCUUUCGUAACUUGGUCAUUUUGUAUGCCUUCGAAAGCAUUGCUGUUUUUGUUUUUCCAUGAUAAGAUGAUUUUUAUAGCAAUUUUUUAAACAGCAGACCUUAUUACCUUAAACUUUUAAACGGGAAGUUCAUAAUGCUUGGUAUACCAUGUAUUUUUGACGUUUUGUCUCCUAACAUGGCUGGCAUCAGAAACUUUGCUUUUCUGUUUUUUUCUCAUGUAUUUCUUCUUUCUCCUCGGUGCUAGCCUAACUGUUUAGAAAGAUGAGGAGAGUUCACUCUGCAAACUAAGCUUUUCCCCAUUGUUAAAUAUGAUUUCAGACAUCAAUGAGUGUGAAGAAAUAUCUCACAAUUGCAGUUCUAAUGCGGUUUGUAACAACACCAAAGGAACCUACAACUGCACGUGUAAACCUGGGUACUUGGGAGACGGAUGGAACUGUACAGGUGAUGAAUAUACAAAUAAAUAAAGGAGGUUUUGGUUAAUGGGGGAAGUAUCGUGACAAAUUCGAGUUUUAUUCAUGAAAACUUAAACAAAGUUGGAAGUAAACCUACUUUGGAAAUGACGCAAUAAGAUCUUAACGUUAUACUAACAAUUAUUGGUCAUAAGUAAAAAAAAAAAUGAAAUUUCAGGUCACGAUUAUGGUAUCUUGGGAGACAAAGUGAGACGGUUACUGAAUAAUUAAAAUGGAGGGUUAUCCAAAAGUCGAUUGCGGUUCUGUAACAAACAAAUGCCACGGUGCAGGAACAAUAAAAGGGUCUUACGCUUGCUUUUUCCGAAAAGAAUAUUUUACCUCCCAGGAUAAACAGAUUUUAAUUUUUUCAUGAUUGGGCAUUCAGUAAUUUACAUGUAAUUUAAAACGUAUUUCAGAUAUCGAUGAGUGUGUGGCAGAUACACACAAUUGCAGUUCUGAUGCAUUUUGUAACAACACCCACGGAUUCUUCAAUUGCACAUGCAAACCUGGAUUUACGGGAGAUGGAGAAAACUGUACAGGUAGUAAUUUCAGUGGUACGUCACUCCGCUCUCUUAUGACAGCAGAAACUUUAUUAUAUUUCUUCUAUUCUCUACCCCUCUUACAACUUGCAUGCUAUAACAAUACAACGACAGAGGUGGAUCCAGGGGAGGUGGAUUGGGAGGUUAGCCAUCCCCGCUUUUCUAGCCGACUUACUUGUGUUUGUUAUCUCUUGUUAUGUGUGUUAUCGUGUACAGCAGGGAGAGAACAUGUUUUUAAGGUUGCAAUGUAAUCAUUUCUCUGUUGUGUGGCGUUGUAAGAAUUUGCCGUGUUACAGGUUCCUAUAUUCAUCCUUCCUCAACUGCAACGUUUUGGGGACGCCAUUGGACAAGUUACCGGUAUCACCCACUCCCUCUGAGCUCAUAAAAUCCUGGAUCCGCCCAACUGAACGAAAGCCCAGUGACGGAUGAGAGGAAUCACAUUGCGUACUAAGCUAACUAUUAUAUUGUGGUGUUCAAUGAUGUAUUAUUUCAGACAUCGACGAGUGUGAAGCAGACACUUACGGGUGCGGUUCUGAUGCCAUUUGUAACAACACCCACGGAUCCUUCAAUUGCACAUGUACACCUGGAUAUAAAAGAGAUGGAAAAAACUGCACACUCAGUAAUUUUCUUUUUACUGUCUGGUCUGCUCGCAUGGCAUCAAAAGCUUUGUGUUUGUUUCCUUGUUUGCUUUAUUUUCUUUUAUUUCCUCAACAACUUACUUCCUCUGUAUCUAAACAAAAAAAGGAAGUACAUUAGUACCGUUGUCUAGACAGCUGAUAGGAAUCCACUGUGCCAACUUAGUCUAUUGUCAUUGAUGUUCAAUAUGAUUUCAGACAUCAAUGAGUGUGAAGAAGGAACGUACAAUUGCAGUACUAAUGCGGUUUGUAAUAACACCAAAGGAUAUAAUGAGUAUAAUUACAUUGAUGAUUAUUCAAGAAAAUAAAAUAAAAAUGGACAAAUUUUUGAAAGAUUUUGGGGCUUUAAGAUGUCGGUCGAGGGCGGCUCUGAUCGACAACAAGCUCGUUUUCUUAUAAUGGCUGCCGUCGGUUUUCCUCACGGAAACAUGAAAUUUUGCCAGACAUUUAUUUAAUUCAUCGACAUCCAUGUUUUCUAUUUCAUUUGUGAAGUCUUGCCGCUGUUGAAGCCAUUCUGUGGAAAAAAAAUAUUUCGCAAAAGUUACUAAAAGUUGCCGACACUUUGAAGCCAAAAAAAAUGACAAUAAACAUAGCAGUUUUCAGUAAAUUGUGUUACUUGCAAAAGAAAAAUUUUAUCAACCUACCUUCGAAUAGUUUGACUCGAAAUUUUGUUGCAUCAAUGUAAUUAUACUAAAGACAGUUAGACCUAAUUUGGUAGGUGUUUAGCGACAUUAUUGCGGGCCUGAAUUUCUUACACAGUUUCUUAUACAGUGUCAUAAUUGCAAUACAGUAUAUAAAACGGAGAUAUUAUUGUUGACUUUAUAAGUUGUAAAGAAGCCAUAUCCUGCCAAUUAAAUGUCCAAUUAACACGCAGUGCUUAAAUGUCAUGUCUUCCAGCUUAUAAGAACUGCGCUGAACUGUACAAAGCUGGAAAACGAACAAGUGGAGUUUACAAGAUUGACCCUGACGGUGCUGGUGUCUUUGACGUGUACUGUGACCAAACAACAGCCGGUGGGGGGUGGACAGUGUUCCAGAAGAGACUUGAUGGCUCGGUUAAUUUCACCCGCGGCUGGAACGAUUACAAAAAAGGGUUCGGAAAUCUGAAUGGCGAGUUUUGGCUCGGACUGGACAAAAUUCACCGCCUGACAAAAACUAAAGGCAAACUUCGAGUGGAUCUCGAGGACUUCAACAGAAACACGGCUUAUGCCGAGUACAGCUACUUUGCUAUAACAGACGAGAGAAGCAAAUACAAGCUGAGUCUUGGAACUUACUCCGGUAAUUGUAUUACUUACUUGAUUAAAAAUGAGGUUCGGGGAAAAGUCUUAUAAAGGCCCAAGUUAAUGCUAAUGAUUUUGACGUUAAAGAAAUAAAUACCCACCACAGAGAUACAACUAGCCCCACAUACAGUGAAGUAUGUAAUAAUCACACCGCUAUCCUAAAAUAAGAGUAAAGCAAAUUAAUACAUAAUAUGGAGCAUUAGUAUAAGAGUGAUUUUACUUCGACCAUGAAAACGGUUCAAUGUUUCCCGCUGUUUUUAGAUCUUACUGUCGUAUCAAAAAUCACAGUUAUGUGGAGAUAAAUUUAAGGAAAUAUCGUUUCUUCCAAUUUCAUUUUCCAGGAAGUGCUGGUGACUCGCUAAGUUAUCACAGAGGCUGUCCUUUCUCCACUAACGAUCGAGACAAUGACUUCUCGUAUAGUAAUUGUGCCGCACGCUUUAAGGGGGCCUGGUGGUACCGGUGGUGUUAUACUUCCAACCUGAACGGCCUCUAUUAUCGCGGUAGACACUCUUCAUAUGCUGAUAGUGUGAACUGGUAUCGUUGGAAGGGACGUCACUAUUCCGUCAAACGAGCUGAAAUGAAACUCAAACCAGUCAACUUCUAAACAAGCAAAUAGCGGUUGUCAGUGCUUAUAUCUGCUUGAUUCGCAAUGGUCGUUUAAAUAACUUAGCUGUAACACAUUUUGUUAGACUGCCGCUGAAAUGAUAAAUGAAGCAUAACAAACUUUUGUCACAGAUUUGAUGAAAAAAAAAAACUAUAGUUACAGUUGGCUUUCGCAAUUUACGAUAUGGUUACUUAUUUAUACUAACUGCCCUUCUGUCCUACUAGUCUUUCUUCUUCCGCUUCACUGAGCUUUAUGGUUUAUUUUUUAAUACUUGCUACAUAUAUAACUAGUAAUAGUUGACACUACAGCUGCCCCCGCUCUGUAUAUUGUCGGUCAAUAGCAUUCUUGCUCGUUGUGUAGCUCUUUGAAAUAUACCGAUUCAUAAGGAAGAUUUUCACACAUAUUCCAUACAAUAGGUGAGAUAGUAUACGGGAAACGCAAGGUUCCAUUGCACAGUUUCAGGUCGAUUUACACAGCUUUGAUCAAAACAUUCUCAGUUUCGAGAAUAGUUUAUUCUAAACCAUAAGAAAAGGUUGCAUUAGAAGUUGAAUUUUUCGCUAUUUCUCUUUCACUUUUUACAUUCAGUUCAUUUUAUUUGCCGGAAAGGAAGCCUUGGAAAUUAAAAGGACGUUUGAUCAAUUCACACUCGCGCAUUCUAGUCCGUGAUUUUAAACUUUAUAGCGGAAGGACGUCUGUGAGCAGGAAAUAAGUCAGCACAGAAUUUAAUUGUCGGCGAAGUUCUCUAAUUGUCCAUCGUUCUGCUAGUGAGAAGCUAGCCGUUGUUCACUCGUCUUGCUUGUUUGGCGCUGAGUCUUAUUAGGGUCAAAGAGAGAGAAAGAGUGUCUGGCAAGGUUUCCAAUGAAAGAUUUGUGAACUCGUGUCUGGCAAACUCUCCAAGUGUUUAUAUAUACACAGUUAUAAUAAUAAUAAUAAUAAUAAUAAUAAUAAUAAUAAUAAUAAUAAUAAUAAUAAUAAUAAUAAUAAUAAUAAUAAUAAUAAUAAUAGUCUUUAUUUCCACACAAGAUAAAAAAUACAUAUCUUAUGUUACAAUAUUUGAGUAAAAGUAUAUAUAUUUAAAAUACGCUCACAUAGCUAAAUUGUAAUUAAAAAUGAAGCGAUUAAUGUAAGAGUUCUUGAAUCUAUCUGUAUUAACUUUCGGAUACUGACUUGUUGGAUUCCUUAAAUUGUAAGUCGAUACUUUGUUCUUGGGUAAUAGUCCCCUUAGAGGGUGUCGGUCUAUGCCAGAUACCUUACGAAAUACUUUUCUAUCCUGCAUUUCUAGAAGGUGCUUGAUAGAAAAUGAUUAUACGCACCUUAUAACUUCUUCUGCGCUUAACGAGUGUCGUUAAAAUUUUGGUCCAAAACUUCACUGAAACAACUGCUCCACAGAAUGUCACUGAUAACACGUAACGCAAAAGCGUGUCGAAGUACUGGACUGCACAAUAAAUGUCACAAAAUCUACUUAAGCGGUCCCUCGGGGAUGUUCUGUCUUUACGUCAUCCUAACCAUUUCGUACUUGCGGGCGCAAACAAUAGAAACGUCAUCAUUGCCUACCGAUUCCUCGCGGCCCCUGCUCUAGUCUGCUACACAGCCGUUUUUAGUGUCGUCACGCAACGCUCCUCCGUUAGUGGGGAGGAGCGUUGCGUGACGACACUAAAAACGGCUGUGUAGCAGACUACCCCUGCUCAAGCAAAUCGAGAUUUUCAGCUGCAAGUACUUUCCUUAAUAUACGCUCGAGUUACUAGAGUGCCUCCUCGAGAUUUCGCGUUUUGGGCGAAAUCCCUGUGGGGACAAUUAUAUGCUUUAUGGCUCAGUCAAUUCCAAGGGUGCCUAUUCCCGCCGAGCAUUUGUCAGUUCUUCUUCCUUUGUCAAUAUUUCACUUUAAAGUAUGCCUUUUUUCAAUAGUUAUUGAUAUUUUUAUAAAGAAUAUUUUUACAUGUAACACAUAUGCUUUGAAAAGAUACGUUUAGUUUUUGUUUCAUCACCAUCCUAUGUCCAUACAGUAUUUUUUGCGCCCGGAGUCUAAGGAACUGCUUCCCGCGAUCUAGCCAACGUGAUCAGUUCGCACAUGGAGGAAAAACAAUUAAUUCAUUGUUUAAAGGAAAAGGCACUUUCUUUGUGAGCGAAUGGUUGAGGUAGAGAGGCCUAGAAAAACUAUGCGAGAUAUUUGAAAGCUAACAUAAACUUCGUGUUUUGAACCAGAAUCCACGCGACGACGUUGACGGGACGGGUCCUUCGUGAUGACAAAAUAAUCUUGUUUAUAAGUUUGUCGGUUAUUUGUUUAUUGGUCACUAUCUUAAAUAACUGCGAAAAUAAGAAAGGUGUUAUUAAAGUUCUAGUUUAUAGUUUUGUCAUUGAUGUGAAUGAGAUCGGAUAAAUCUAUUUUGCAAUCAGUAUAACUGGCGGCUAGGAGCGAUUUCCGUAGGGUGUUUCACGCGUUUUGAUCAGAUUAUUACAGAUGUCCAUUAAACUAAUUAAAUACGGCAUUUGCAGCUUAUUUAAUGGAAAAUACAAUUUUAGUGUUGCCUCCGGGUAGGGCAUUUGCCCACUUUUUUAUGCUCCACCGUGGGGUUUUUGGAUGAACCGCCCGGCCCCACCGUGGGUCAUUUGCAGCUUUUCCAAAAAAAAAUAAAAUAAAUAAAUAAUAAUAAUAACAAAUGCCCGGGGGAAGGGGGGUAUGGGCACGCUUGGAAUUUCCUGAACCAUUAUUGACUAAACAGAAGGUCAAGAAGGCUGGAUAUUGGCCGAGUUUCCCUUUCCGUUUUUAUUGACCGAGACGAGGCCAAUAUACAGCCAUUCGAUCGAACAAGCUCCGCUUGAUCAAUAAAGGUUUUCAGUUAUAUGGCCAAAAAGACAAGAUUUUGUUGAGGACCAACGGGAAUAAUCCCGAACCCGCUUAGUUAGCUAAUCAGAACGCAGGAUUCGUUUCAUCUUGCCCGCUGACGGACUCAGCCAUAUAAUAAUUGAAAACUAAGUUCACGAGUUAAUUACAGCCUAGAUUUCUUUUGUUUAUCUUGCGCUCUCAUAUGUGAUAGAGCUGUAGAAACUUUUAGCAAGCACAUUCCGAUCAACAAAAAUAAAGCUUUCAAGACAUUUUUCACUUUACCAAAAAAGAUAACUGAUACAGGCACAUGUAUUGCAGAUCAACUACUCAUUAGAGAGAUUAAGAGUCACGUUUACGCCAAACGGCAAACGUCAGAUUCAUGUUGAGAAUUUCUCAGAAUAGAAAAUAAGCAGAUAAAAAUUGUCCAGAGCAAUUCUUUAUGUAUAAAACUGGCGUGACACUACUUAUUUUUUGAGUUGAAGUAAUAAACAGUUAACAACAAUUAAGGGAAAAACUUGGUCACGUGGUACAAAUUCACGUUUGCCGUUUGGUGUAAACGUGAAUCUUAAUCUCUGUCUUGCGCAUAGUCCCACUGAAUUAAGGCCUGAAGAACGAACAAGGAUUUGUUUCGUAGUCACAGUAAGCUGCUGUCUAUAAAUAAAAAGUUUAUUUAAGCUUAUUAUGUCGACAUUUCUUUGCCAUUUCACCUAUUGAAGGUAUCUUUUCAGCUUUUUGGUAUUAUCACGUGAACUAUUUCAAGAAAUAACUUGUAACUUCUGUUUCCCUUUCACUCGGAAAAGAUACCUGAUGAAAGAACAACAAAAACACAAAGACGAAGAUCAAGAUCAACAGAAAUUGAAAGUUUGUCUAAAGAAUGGGAAUAUUUAUCAGCAGGAUAUCAAAUUACGGCUAAAAAAAGAGGCGAUUAUGUAAUAUAUACUUUCUCCUCGAUGUUAAUGAAAUUUCCGCAUAUGAUAAAUACUAUAAUAGUUCUAUUUUUGGAAAAGCUCUGAAACGUAUUAGCUCACGUCCCUAUGUCAGAGAGGGAGAAGUCGAGAGGUAAAUUAACCAGCGAGCCAGCUCUCUACAUUCAAGGAAGGGGGGGAGUGGGUCAGGUUUAGAAGGCGCGAGCGGGAGAAAAAAAAAAGAAAAGGAUGAUUACGUGCGGUUACACACACCAUGGUAAAAGGUCUUCCCUGUCGUAAAAUUGCCGCGGUAAAUAUUUACUCUGGUAAACUUUACUAAGGUGACUUACGGUUACACGUAAAAAUAUUUUCACGCAAUUAUUUUCCCGGGAAACACUUGAAGGACUUUCAGUGCGAGCAGGAUUUUGGGUUUCAAAAAACUGUUGAUACCCAGGAUAAAAGACAUAAUACAAAUGGUCCUGGCUGAAUUUCUGAAAUUUCAGAAUCAAGUGAAGGCAAGUGACUGAAUCCAAAUUCGAAUUUGCCCUACCAAAAAAAAAAAAAAAAAAAAAAAAAGACAAACGUUUGCUCAAAUUAUCUGGUAUGUAAGCAAACGAUUUCAAAUGUUUCUCUGAAGACAAUUUUGAAAUAGGGGGGCUCUGGCGGCGAGGCGAGAAAAGGAAGGAGAGCUUGCAAAUACGUCUCUGGAAGUUGAAUUUCUCUAUUGAAAAAGUCGAGUGAAAUGGUGAUUAGCGGAGAUGACAUUAAAAAUGAGCCUUGCAAUUGGCGCGUGCUUUCCUGUAUUUUUCAAUGUUUGUUUACAUUCCAGCUCGUUUUCUCUUCGCGCUGAUAGGCGGAAAUCUUCGAGCUCAGUCGACGGGAAGCCACAGGGAGGUGGAAUUCGUGGAGCUUAAAUUGAGGGCGGGGCUCCUUCGAGUUUGGAUAGUAUUUGAUAUUACAUUUGAGGACUUUAUUACAUUUGUAGUCAGUUAUUACAUUUGUGCAAGAGAGAUAAAGGGGACAGAGAAGGUAUCCCCCAUACACACCCUAUUCCAUAGGUAAUUCGUAUCGAGUUAUUUUUAAGACACACAGAUCCAAAGGGGUAUUAGACAACAGCCAAUCACAUAGCGCGAGUGUGUUCCGCGUGGAUGACCCACGCUCAGAGCCACGCGUCCUUCCCGAAUUGAAUCAGGAAAAAUGGCGGAAGACUCGGAGAGAAAUGGAAAUUAAAAAAUAAUCGCCCUUCCUCUCUUCUAUAGAGCUAACAGUACAGCAGGUAAAUCCUUAACACACUGAAUAUUCUCUCAGGAUCAUUUAUAAUUUACAGUUUGGAGAGAGCAAUGCUUUCGAUGUCUUUACGAUUUCAUUGCCUUUCGCCCGACAUGUUUUGCACGGCGUUUAGUCAUGUGAAUCCUCCACGAAACAUCCACUCGGCGUGCGAGGUAACUUUAUCCCGAUUCUAAAAAUAACUCGAGACGAAUUACCUAUGAAAUAGGGUGUGUAUGGGGGAUGCCUUCUCUGUCUCCUUUAUCCUCUCUUGAUUUGUGGCUUCAACAUAUGUUUACCUACUUCCUUGGCGAGAGGCCGUCACAUGUAACGCAUUUAUUUCGUGACGUGAGCUAAAGUGUUUUGGGUAACGCAUCUUUUCAGGGCACUUGAUUUUCCAACUUGUCCGUACAGUUUACGCUUGUCAGUUAGGCCAUCCUUCCCGGACAUACUGCAUAACAACUUUCAAGGUGUCAUAUUUCGUCCAGGUGCUGGUCAGAGGCUGGUAAAUGUUACCAUGACGGCGUUAACAAAGAAAUCUGAUUCAGUUUCUGGUACUCUCAGACUCUCUUUCUCGUCUCUUUCUCUCUUUCUUGUCAUUCGCCGCAACAUAUGCUUCAAAUCGAUCGGCAUAAUCACUAAAUUUCUCGGACCUCUCGUCAAAAGGACUCAAAUUACCAAUGAUUACAGCCAUGUGUACACUCUGUUUACAUUGAGGAUCCCAUCCUCGUCGCCAAUUUUGUAUUCUGAAGGAUUUUAGAAGCGAACAAUUAGGAACAAAUAAACACACGUGCGUAUACCAAGAACAUAUUUGGCAACUGUUUAUGUCACCUUCUUACAUCACGUGACCAAUACUACCCAAAAUACCACAAACGCGAGCGCAGUAAAGCCACUUUCAUGGUUCAAGUCUGCAGUGUUGUACUUCCGGUCCGUACCAGGAUAAUGCUGCAACUCUAAAGUGGUGUAAGGCCUUUUCCAAAGCCACUCCCUGAUUUCCACUGCGUUUACAUCAUCUGAAGGUGGCCUCUCGUCUGUACAGGCUAAGAAGUAUAGGUUGAACAUGUUUGGAAUGCUAUGUAUUGACAGUAACUUCAUACCUAGUGUACACCAAGAGACUAUAAAGGGGACAGAGAGGGCAUCCCCCAUAUACACCCUAUUGCAUAGGUAAUUCGUCUCGAGUUAUUUUUAGAAUCGGGAUAAAGUUACCUCGCGCGAGGCGUGGAUGUUUCGUGAAGGUUUCGUAUGACCAAACGCCGUGCAAAACAUGUCGGGCGAAAGGCCAUUGAAAGCGUAAAAAGAUCGAGAGCAUUCCUGAAUAUUGAAGCGAAAUGAGUCGGCACUCACCUGGGAAAAAGGAAUCGCUGGAGUAGUUGACAACCCGUGAAAUCAGUUUAACUCGAAGUUGUCGUAACCUCAGUGCUUUAAUAAAAUGAGAAAUUUCGCCGGUCUAUUGAAACCGGUACAAAAUUUGUACAAUUUAGGGAGUUUAAGAUCCAACGACGCGGACGACAACUAGAACGUCAAAAAAACAAUAGGUUUAAUUAGCAAACAACAACUUCGCACGUGCAGCACACUUUUUUGUUCAUUUCUUUCCCGUUUUUGCACGAUUACGACGUGAAAAUGCCUAUUUUUGCGUUUUAUGGAGAACGUAAAUAAGCAACGACGAAAUUUUAUUUCUCUUUCUGAGCUUGAAUAUGGUCCCUUGAAAUUCAGCUUUAGGAGGGUUCGCCUACAAUUGACAAAGUAAGUGGGUAGGAAUAAUCGCUAUAAAGACUGAAAAAAUUAAACAUCAAACUAGAAAUUGCUCUCUUCAAACUGUAAAUUACAAAUGAUCCUGAGAGAAAAUUCAGUGUGUUAAGGAUUUCCCUGCUCUAAUGUUAGCUCUAUACAAGAGAGGAAGGGCGAUUCUUUUUUAAUUUCCGUUUCGCUGACACAGCUUUCGCAGAAAUCUCGCUGUAGUCGUUUUCUUCGACAAAAGGAAAAGCAAAAUCGCUCUCCGCGUCUUCCCCCAUUUUGUUCUGCGUCAUUUCGUGUAUCUUCCAGUAAACAUCAGACGAUGGUUGCGGUUUGUAGUACUUUGGUGGUGUAGAUUGCUUGAGAGACGAGCGAAAUUCUACAACCGCUGAUUGCGGCGCGUUCUGAUAACCAACCGAGUGUAACAGCUCCUUUUCACUCUAGUUCUUUAACGACACUCAUUCCCAGUCGAUUGCAAUACCACUCAAUAAGUCCGGCAACAGCCGAUGCAUCCACAUGAAGUCGAGGAAAUGCCAACUUCAUUAAGAUUUUGGAGGUAAGAGAAGUUUUCAAAAGUUGUCAAACCGAUGGAGGCUUCCUUGUUGCACUUCUACUGACCGCUGAGGAACUGGGACCAAACCUACCGGGCCACAGGUUAACCAAGCUUUAUGCGCUCGCGUUUCGUCGUUCCUGACGCCACCGUUCUAAUUUUCGACGGACUAACGGACUGGCCUCAUAAAAGCUCUACCUGAACACUGUACGUUUUUCAGGGUCCUGUGGCUAAACAUUCGAGCCCCGCUUUGCGGACAUUUGAUCCGCUUAAUACGAAUGCUUCGUUUUUACGGGACAGCUUUCUUUGUCCCUGGACAAAGCCGUUCCAUUUUAACACCCAUAAUACGGACACCUGUUAACGCGGACAAUGGUUACUUUUUUCUACUCCAACAGCCAUAAGCUCCUGACUACAAUCAAUAGAUUCUCAGACCGGAGGAAGUUAACCUCGAUAAUAUGACAGUUUGUUAUCAACCGUGUGCUGUAUUAAUCCUUGCCUUUGCUGAAGUUAUCCUCGUAUAUCAGCAUUUCGAUGUUUACAGUGCUACGUUAGACGGGAUAAAAUGAAGUAGAGACGUCAAUUUCUGAAUUUUUAAAGUAAUAAAUGAGUUUAAUACACAGAGAACUGUUUUUGAUUAAGUAAAGAGUGCAAACCAAAGGACGUAGUAUGCGUUGAAACUAGACUACGAGUAGUCCCCCCUAUUUUUCCUCAGGGAUAGUAGAGCGAGCGAAACGCGAGCGCGCGUGAAAAUCGCCCCACGCGAGAAAAUGGCGACACGCGUGUCGCCUUUUCUCGUGUGGGGCGAUUUUCACCUGGGGGACUACUCGUAGUCUACGUUGAAACUAGUAAUAGCAUUUGUAGUGUACAUCCGGAACUUAACUUCCCUAGCGUGGGAAGUCUGGAGUCAUGUGACUUGACGGAGCCAUUUUUUUUAAGUAUAACGGUGAUGAGCUAAGUAGUGCUCGUGUUUACUAGACUACAGGCCUGUAUAUGGCCUCGGUGGCCCGUUAGAAAUACUUCAGCAAUGUUGUGAUUUUAAUAUUUCUUUAGUAUUUCAGUUGUUCACCAAAAGAAGUUUGGUUGUUUACUUUAAUAACAUGACCCGUUAAAAAUUUUUUAUAAGGACACUCAUUUCUAUUAAGCCUAACUUUACUGCCUCCUGCGAAUUCUUCAUUUUAACACAACUUGCCAGGUCCGAGUUCAAAUCGCAUUAGGUUCAGUUUUUGAAAUAUUAUAUGUUUCAAGGGGAUAUAUCAAUAUAAAACAGAGUCAUCAGCAUACAUGUAACUAUAAAGCAAACUCCAGGACAUUUGCAAAUCAUUCACAUAGAAUAUAAACAAUAGCAGGUUGUACCAUGGGCAACUCCUACAGAUACUGUAGCUUGGUUAGACUGAGUAUUGUCAUUCACGUUUGAAACUGAACCGUUUUAAUGUUUUCUCGUUCUUUUCAUAGAUUUGGGUGUGGAUAGCCCUUUCUAUGAUGUUGGAAAAAGCAGGCAAAGUGGAAACUGACCCAAGAUUAUUGCCUUUCUUAUGUAAGGGUACAACUUAGAAUGAAGGGUACAACUCUCGAAUUUUUCUAAGUAGAAGGAAAAGGUCCCUUUUAUGGCGAUAUAUACACUGUAGGUGGCAGCGACGGCGUGCAUGGACAGAGUCCUUGAGCAGGUGUGCACUAUUUUUAUACAGUCCAGUGGCUUUAUUAAGUUUUAACCGCUUGAUAGCAUCAGGUCUUCACUAAUUACCCAGCGCCACGGACGAACCGAGAUUAAGCAGGAUAUCACUAAUUACGUAUACAUAGAAUGAAAACUCAGGAGUCCUGUGCUAAGACCAGAAUAUCAGAGCUGAAGUUGAUUAUUGAAGCUACCAGUAGAUAAUGAUACGUUAGGGAAGGUUUCGGCGAUUUUGAUACUGACGCUUACAAAAAAGGAUUUAAGUGUCCUUAUUAAGCGGGUUAAAGUGUAAGGGCUUUGUCCAGGAACAAAGAAAGCUGUCCGUUAUAACGAAGCGUUCAAUAAAGCGGACGUCCGCAAAGCGGGGCUCGAAGGUAUAACCACAUGACCUGUAAAAACGUACCGAGCUAAGAGCUUGGUAUGCCUGUGGCCAAGCAUGGUUGGUCCCAUUUAGAUUUAGUAGACACCCACGGAGCUAAUCAUGUUCUAGUGCAUUAGAAAUAGGGUGGGAAAUCGUCUAGUCAACACCUGCUUAUCUUUCCAUUAUUUAUUAGAGCAUUGUCUACAUGCAACGUAACAAUUUUUGUUUUAUUUUCCAUCUUAUUUUAAGAUUUAUUUGCGGUUUACUAAGUUCAGUUGUGAAAGGGUUCACUGCUCUGAUUCAAAAACAUUGGCAUAGAGGCCGUGAAGUAAUUGAAAUUUGUGAACUUAUCGUUGAAUAAUAGAUGAUAUUGUUUUUUCAAAAUUUACACUAUUUUUCAUAUCAAAAAAGUUUCGUAGCGAGUCUGAGAUAGCCAGGCGACAAUGGCCUAUCCUGCUAGGCCUUAAUAUUUUGAAACAAAGUUAUUAAAGAUCAUUAAGACCUUUUAACAUUAAUUUAUGCCAAGUUUUGUUUACCACGAACGGUGUAAGAAUCUAAGUAUUAAUGAGAGCACAGUUAACGCUAGAAAAGGUACAUCUUCAAUAGAUGUGGAAUUGUCUCUGUUUGUGCAUAUUUAUGUGUUAGUAUAGGUAAUAGCAUGAUUUGUAGUGAUAUUCAGCAUAAAUACCACGAGUGAUAUUUCAAAAUUGUUAUACCUAAUUUCACGAGCCGUUAGGCAAGUGAAAUUUGAGAUAAUUUUGAAAUAUCACAAGUGGUUUUUAUGCCAAAUAUUACGUACAAAUCAUGCUAUUAUUUGUUUAUACUACUACCCGCAAAAGGUUUGUAAUUUUUUCACAUGUGGGUAUUUCAAAUUAAGCUGAAAUACCACUGCUCUAAGCCAAUCAAAUUACAGAAAUUUCUCAUGUAGUAGUAUAAACUGUGAAAUAUCAGUAAAAUGUAUCCAUCGAUUAUUAAAUUAUCUCAUUAACACAAAGAAUUUAUUUAAGUUUUGACGUUAAUGUUAAAAUGCGACGGGUGGUAUGGAACUGUUUACCGGUAUUGUAUAAGUUAUAUCCCUGUUGUAGCUUAACAGCACAUAAUACACUCGACUUUUCAGGAGACUUGCGAUCCGCAAACAAGGCAGCGAUCAUGGGUGUUGUUCUUCACUACAGUAUUUUCUUUACGCUGUACAUGCAUUCUCUAAGAAUUUGCUUCGGCUGUUUGGAUGGUAAGUUCUUCUCUUUCCACCUUGCUAUUUCAAUCAUAUUUGGCUCCCUAUUUUCAAAAUUGAGCGACAAAAUAGUGAGAAACACAUUUAUCUCUUGAAAGAAGAUAAAAAAUAAUAAUAAUAAUAAUUAGACGGACUUUAAAAAUUGGAAACAAGAGUAGCUGCAAAAUUUUCUGCUCUAAUAUACUGCCUAUAAAGAUGACUUUUUUACGGCUUAUGGUUAAUUUCUUUAGCUGUGUUGUCUAUCCAGUGCCUGAGUUUUGCCAUUUUGUUAAAUUAUAAUGUUGACAGCGCACUCAAUUUACAACAUGAAAACCUAUGUAAAAGUUAAAUAACAGGAGAUAAGUGCAAGAUAAUUCUUUUUAAGAAAUAUAAUAUUGAGUUUCCAUGUUGUCACUAUGGUUUUAAAACUUGGAUUAUAAACUCGUUCACAAGAAGAAAGUUGCCAGGAAACAAAGAAUUCUGUUAUUUGCGUGAUAAGGGGAAAAUAUUUUCACAAUAAACACGACAGAUUACCACUUUUCAAGACAGGUGGGAAUUCCAUCUUCCUUUUCCUUUUUUCAGCCUUUUGUUUGGCUUUUACAAAAACGUUUUCGUAUAUAUUUCCCUAAAAAAGGGGUUUUCUUUAUAGAGCUCGACUAAUUGACAGAAAAUUGGCCUAGAGAACUAACUUAAAUUCCAUCUCCUUUUUCUCAUUAUUUGAUAUACUAUGCUGUUUUAAGCCUGGCAAGUUUAAUUAACAUACAUGGUAGUUUCAUGAUUAAAUGUCAGAUAAAACGUAGUUGUAAGAGUAAGGGAGUACAACCGAAAAUAUAAGUUAUUACGUUCCAUGAACCUCAAUCUUGUUUAUACAGGACAUUUGCUUUUAAUCGAAGCUCUUUUUGCCGCCAGAAAAGUCAGAAUUUGCCACCUUAUGGGCUCCUGGAAUUGCUAAAUGCAAUUUUUUUUCUUUUUUUCAAUUCAGGUAAUUGCCGCGUACUGGCGUUUCCGAGUUAUUUCCUAAUUGCUGACAAAUGUUUGGAGGGCCACACGAUCUUAAUUGUCCAACAUGUCCCGGAUAUGGGUCUUUGUGAACUGCUUUGUUACAACGAACAAAACUGCGUCAGUGUUAAUUAUGAGAUACAAAGACAAAAACGAUGUGAACUGAACAAUUCAACACACCGAGCGCACGAUGCAGACUUUAAAGAGAGGGAAGGCUGCUUAUAUCAUGGAGCAAUUGUAAGUUUUUUGUCUUCUUUUUUCUUCUCUUUUUUUCCUUUGUGAUCUGCUUUCAUCAUCUUCAAGGCGAUCAUUAUCUCAUCAUAGUCAUCAGCAUCACAAGAGACGUCAUCUUCGUCAUUAGGAGUGAACGUCUCUUAAAAAAGUUAACUCAAGCUGUUUCAAAAUUCAUCACUCUUUUUGCAUGUCGCGAUUUGUGGUGAAUGUUGGUAAAUUUUUCGGGUGCUAAAUUCUAAAGGACUGUAUCUAAGUUAAAAAAGAGAAAAAAAGAUAGAAAUCGUUGUCGAGAAACGUGAAAUCAGUCAGGUCAUGAAACGACACCAACGAAAGAUAACAUUAAGCUUAAUCCACGUGCAAAGUUGUCGUUGUUUAAGCUCCCUAUCAUAUCACCAUCAUCGUCAUCUUCAUCUUGUAGUUUAUAGUUGACGCUCGAUCAUGAAAGCUUGGCGUAACGUCUGUUACAAAUCAGACCUGAUUUUUGUUCUUUAAAGAGUGCUUGUGAUAAUCCCCGUUGCCAUAACAACGGUACCUGUCAGUCCGGAUUCACAGAGAAAAAAUAUCGGUGUUUAUGUCCUUCUGGUUUCACUGGUGAACACUGUGAGAAUGGUAAGUUAUUCUUGAAAGUUUCUUUUAAAGCAACUAAUCAAAUCAAAGGAGUUUAAAUCGUAAUAAGGAUAAUUUGAGCAGUUCAUGUCAUUUCUCACGGCAGUGUAUGAAACGAGCGUUUACUUUAAGGUUUUGUUAUCCUAUAACUUUAAAUUAGCCUUCUUUUAAUUGUCGCACACUUUCCAAUACUAUUUUCCACGAAAUUUUUGCUUUAUGUUUUUGCUAUCUUAUGUGUGUUUCUUGGUUAUUUGAGCUGCGUGUUAGGGCUUGUUGAUGUCAAAAGUCUUAUAAUUUUCUCAUAACUAAUUUAGUUCAUGAGUCAAAAUGAAAAAACAAAAACAAAAAAAAAGAACAACGACAAAAAAAAAAAUAAACAUAGGGCCAUUUAUACGAGGAAAAAUAAGACGCGUCUUACAUAAGACGCGAACUUUCCGUAUAAACGGCACGUUUCGUCUAGAAAUAAGACGGGGCGCGGCUUAGCUAAGACGCGUCUUAUUAGAUAAGACAUGCUCGUAUAAAUGGUACAGUUCGCGUCUUAUUUAAGAUGCGUCUUAUUUUUCCUCGUAUAAAUGACCCUAAUAAGUCAACGUCUUAACAGACACAGAAACAGUCUAACUUUUCUUUGGAUUCGACACCAAUGUUUUGGCUUGCUACUUAUAUUGUUACUAUCUUCCAGCAACCUCUUCUCUUGAUUUCACUGUAGAUAUAUUAAAAGAGGGGAAAGUCUAAAACACAGAAAUGUUAAAUACGUUUGUUUCUAUUAUCGAUCAAUAUGAUUUCAGACAUCAACGAGUGCAAAAAAGGGACCCACAAUUGCAGUUCUAAUGCGGUUUGUAAUAACAGCAAAGGAUCCUACAACUACACAUGUAAACCAGGAUAUGAAGGGGACGGAAAAAAUUGCACAGGUAAUUUCUUUCGUAACUUGGUCAUUUUGUAUGCCUUCGCAAGCAUUGCUCUUUUUGUUUUUCCAUGAUAAGGUGAUUUUUAUAGCAAUUUUUUAAACAGCGGACCUUAUUACCUUAAAAGAGUCAAUGUUCCUACAGUUUCUAAGGCUAGAUUGCAAAGCAUUCCAUACUGUUGGUCCAACAUUGGAAAGGGGCUCGAUCGCCAAAAGUCUUCCGUGUCACCUUUGGGAUUACAAGCAAUGUUUCAGAAUCAGACCGCUUUACAACAAGUGGUUCAGAUAAAUAUUGUGGCGCCAGCCCGUUCAACGUUUUAAAAACUAAAAGCGCAAUCUUAAAUUCUACUCUAAAUUUCACUGGCAACCAAUGACGUUCCCUAAGUACCGGAGUAAUAGGGGCAAACUUAAAAAAUUAAGCAUGUAACCCGAGCCGCCGCAUUAAGAACUUUUUGAAGUCGAUCAUAUUGAUAUUGCGGAAGCUUAUACAAAAGAGCGUCUAAAUUUGAUGUAACAAACGCAUAAAUUCAACACUUUGUUGAUUCUGCAGACAGAUAUUUCCUAAUUUGCCCCAAAAUUAUAAAGCCCCCUAAAUGCCUUACUACACACCUUUCCUAUAUGAGUAUUCAUAGACAUAUGGUUAUCAAACCAUGUGCGAAGAUUUCUAACAUGCUUAAGGGGUUGAAUGUCACAGUCACCAACACAACUUUAAUUGAAGCCAUGGUAACCUUAGAUAACUGCUGCGACGAACCGAUGAUUAGAAUUUCUGUCUUUGAAUCAUUAAACAUCAACCUGUGUGAGACUAACCAAGCCCUAACAUCAGCUAGGCAGUUCUCAAUGGCCUUAAUCGCUUGAUCUUGAGCAGCAAACGAAUCUGGACGAAACGACACGUACAACUGAGUAUCAAUAGCGUACCCAUGAACUGAUGGAAGGUGCUUCUUAACAACCUCAAACAGCCUUGAUGCAUACAAUAGAAAAAGGACAGGUCCCAAACAGCUCCCCUGAGGAACACCAUAAUUUAAAUUGAAGGUCUUGGAGGACUGCUGAUUAACAAUUACAUGUUGAACCCUUCCUUAUAAUGGCUGCCGUCGGUUUUCCUCACGGAAACGUAAAAUUUUGCCAGACAUUUAUUUAAUUCAUCGACUUCCAUGUUUUCUAUUUCAUUUGUGAAUUCUUGCCGCUGUUGAAGCCAUUCUGUAGAAAAAAAUAUUUCGCAAAAGUUACUAAAAGUUACCGACACUUUGAAGAAAAAAAUGUCAAUAAACAUACCAGUUUUCAGUAAAUUGUGUUACUUGCAAAAGAGGAAUUUUAUCAAGCCACCUUCGAAUAGUUUGACUCCAAAUUCUGUUGCAUUAAUGUAAUUAUACUAAAGACAGUUAGACCUAAUUUGGUAGGUGUUUAGCGAUAUUAUUCCGGGCCUGAAUUUCUUACACAGUUUCUUAUACAGUGUCAUAAUUGCAAUACAGUAUAUAAAACGGAGAUAUUAUUGUUGACUUUAUAAGUUGUAAAGUAGCCAUAUCCUGCCAAUUAAAUGUCCAAUUAACACGCAGUGCUUAAAUGUCAUGUCUUCCAGCUUAUAAGAACUGCGCUGAACUGUACAAAGCUGGAAAACGAACAAGUGGAGUUUACAAGAUCGACCCAGACGGCAAAGGUGUCUUUGACGUGUACUGUGACCAAACAAUAGCCGGUGGGGGGUGGACAGUGUUCCAGAAGAGACUGGAUGGCUCGGUUAAUUUCUACCGCGGCUGGAACGACUACAAAAAAGGGUUCGGAAAUCUGAAUGGCGAGUUUUGGCUCGGACUGGACAAAAUUCACCGCCUGACAAAAACUAAAAGCAAACUUCGAGUGGAUCUCGAGGACUUCCACAGAAACACGGCUUAUGCCGAGUACAGCUACUUUGCUAUAACAGACGAGAGAAGCAAAUACAAGCUGAGUCUUGGAACUUACUCCGGUGAUUAUAUUCUACUUACUUGAUUAAAAAUGGAGUUCGGGGAAAAGUCUUAUAAAGGCCCAAGUUAAUGCUAAUGAUUUUGACGUUAAAGAAAUAAAUACCCACCACAGAGAUGCAACUAGCCCCACAUACAGUGAAGGAUGUAAUAAUCACACCGCUAUCAUAAAAUAAGAGUAAAGCAAAUUAAUAUAUAAUAUGGAGCGUUAGAGUGAUUUUACUUCGACCAUGAAAACGGAUUGAAUGUUUCCCGCUGUUUUUAGAUCUUAACCGUCGUAUUAAAAAUCACAGUUAUGAGGAGAGAAAUUCAAGGAAAUAUCGUUUCUUUCAAUUUCAUUUUCCAGGAAAUGCUGGUGACUCGCUAGCUCGUCAGAGUGGCUACCCUUUCUCCACCAAAGGUCGAGACAAUGACAUCUCGAAAAAUAAUUGUGCUGCACACUUUAAGGGGGCUUGGUGGUACGAGAGCUGCCAUCAUUCCAACCUGAACGGCCUCUAUCGCCGCGGAAGUCACUCUUCAUUUGCUGAUGGUGUGAACUGGUAUCACUGGAAGGGAUAUCACUACUCCGUUAAACGAGCUGAAAUGAAACUCAAGCGAGUCAACUUCUAAACAAGCAAAUAGCGGUUGUCAGUGCUUAUUUCUGCUUGAUUCGCAAUUAUCGUUUAAAUGACUUAGCUGUAACACAUUUUGUUAGACUGCUGCUGAAAUGAUAAAUGAAGCAUAACAAACUAUUGUCACAGAUUUGAUGAAAAAAAAAACUAUAAAAUAAAAAGAUGUUACAAUUGGCUUUCGCAAUUUACAAUAUAUAAAAUAAGAGUAAAGCAAAUUAAAACAAAAUAUGGAGCGUUAGUAUAAGAGUGAUUUUACUUCGACCAUGAAAAGGGAUUCAAUGUUUCCCGCUGUUUUUAGAUCUUAACCGUCGUAUUAAAAAUCACAGUUAUGUGGAGAUAAAUUUAAGGAAAUAUCGUUUCUUCCAAUUUCAUUUUCCAGGAAAUGCUGGUGACUCGCUAAGUUAUCACAGAGACUCUCCUUUCUCCACUAAAGAUCGAGACAAUGACUUCUGGUCUGCUAGCUGUGCUACACGUUACAAGGGGGCCUGGUGGUACAAGAGUUGUUAUUUUUCCAACCUGAACGGCCUCUAUCAUCUCUAUGUGAAAUGGAAUCACUGGAAUGGUUAUUACUAUUCCGUUAAACGAGCUGAAAUGAAACUCAAACCAGUCAACUUCUAAACAAGCAAAUAGCGGUUGUCGGUGCUUUCUGCUUGAUUCGCAAUGGUCUUUUAAAUAACUUGGCUGUAACACAUUUUGUUAGACUGCUGCUGAAAUGAUAAAUGAAACAUAACAAACUAUUGUCACAGAUUUAAAAUAAAAGAUGUUACAGUUGGCUUUCGCAGUUUACGAUAUUGUUACUUAUUUAUACUAACUGCCCUUCUGUCCUAUUGGUCUUUCUUCUUCCUCUUCACUGAACUUUAUGGUCUAUUUUUUAAUACUUGCUAUAUAAUUAUAUGCUCAGUUAUGGCUCUAUCAAUUCCAAUUCUAAGCAUGCCUAUUCCCGCCGGGCAUUUGCCAGUUCUUCUAGAAACAGUUAUCAUUCUUCCUUUGUCAAUAUUUCACUUUAAAAAUGCCUUUUUUGAUAGUUAUUGACAUUUUUAUAAAGAAUAUUCUUACAUGUAACACAUAUGCUUUGAAAAGAUAAGUUUAGUUUUUGUUUCAUCAUUAUCCUUUGUCCAUACAGUAUUUUUUGCAUCCCGAGUCUAAGCCCGGGGAGGGGACUCCGCAUAUGAAGGUGGUACGGAUGCUCGUCGUCUCGCUUAGGGGUGUAAAUUUCCGAUUUUGGUCUCACUUAUGGUGUUCUGGGCAAAACGUCAUCCUAUUUAGCCGUGAAGGUCUCGUUUAGGGUUGCACGCGAAAAAAUAUAAAAACAUAUAUUUGAUAUGUAUAUUUUUAAUUCGUUUUAUUUACUCCAUUCACAUAAUCCAAGUUUUCUAUAACAUCAAUUCCUAAGGGACUGUGCAAUAAUUAUCAGGGGGGCUGAAAAACUAGAGGGGGGGCAUUAAAUAAAAUUGCUGCCAAGAUAGGGGGCGCAAAGUAAAAUCACUCAUUUGACGGGGGGGGGCCUUAAGUUUUAUUCGAAAUGUAAAUAAAAUUAAACGCAAUAAAAGAUUCUCAAUACAGGCAUCAUGAUAGACUGUAACAAAUAUCAAUACGGACUCCUGUUAAACGAUUGUUGAGAAUAUUCCAUCAAAAUGAAAAGCAAAUUCACAACUGAUCAAUUUUAACCCGUCUUCUAAUUAAUUGAGCUGAUCCUAUGUAAAGCAAAAAUCAUGAACUUGUUUUUCAGCUUCCCCCAUAAAACAAUGGGAAUCAAACAGAUCUCGUAGACAAGCUUUGUCGGUUUUUGAUGUGAGUAAAAGUAAUGUUUCUUCAUCGACUGAAUUGAUUUGCUGAAUUCCAUAUAUAUCUGGCUCAUAACAAUCUUCAUGUAUCUGGAAGUAAAGCUGCGCUGGUAGCAGGUGCUCUUGAUUUCUCGCAUACUGGAACACGAAACAACGAAAGAAAUAGUGCCAGUGACAGUGACACAGAACUCCUAUCCUGUGAUUCCGAAUACGACUCUGAUUCUCACACAAGUACUUCCGAAAACAACUCUGAUUUGGAUUCAGAUGAGUCCGAAACGGAUGGCUUUGUUGAACAUUCAUAUGAGGUACUAUUUGUUCCAGACGACGAAAUCCAACAAGUAAGCGUACGCUUACAGUAGCAUGACAAUAUAAAAAGGUAUUAACUUAAAGGCAUAGCAGAGGGGGCUUAGAACUUAUUUGUUUUGUUUUGGAGGGGGGUACUGUCUAAGUGUUUGCUAGAUAACUCUAGUUUUUCAGCCCCCCUCCUGAUAAUUAUUGCACAGUCCCUAAAGAAGACGUCUUUGUCCAUUGUUUUGAUUUGUCUGUGUUUUAACAUGGUCUCUUUUAGGGGUCAAAAAAAGCUUGGGCCACGCCCAGAUCGGUCUCUUUUAGGGGUUUAAUUCAAAUUUCCGACGAGCAUCCGUUUCACCUUCAUAUGCGGAGUCCCCCCCCUCCCCCUCCCCGGGGAGUCUAAGGAACUGCUUCCCGCGAUCUAGCCAACGUGAUCAGUUCGCACAUGGAGGAAAAACAAUCAAUUCAUUGUUUAAAGGAAAAGGCACUUUCUUUGUGAGCGAAUGGUUGAGGUAGAGAGGCCUAGAAAAACUAUGCGAGUUAUUUGAAAGCUAAUAUAAACUUCGUGUUUGAAUUAUCAAUGCCACGACGUUGACGGGACGGGUCCUUCGUGAUGACAAAAUAAUCUUGUUUAUAAGUUUGUCGGUUAUUUGUUUAUCAUUCACUAUCUUAAAUAACUUCGAAAAUAAGAAAGGUCUUAUCAAAGUUCUAGUUUAUAGUUUUGUCAUUGAUGUGAAUGAGAUCGGAUAAAUCUUUUUUGCAAUAAUUAUAACUGGCGGCUAGAAGCGAUUUCCGUGGGGUGUUUCACACGUUUUGAUCAGAUUAUUACAUAUGUCCAUUAAACUAAUUAAAUACGGCAUUUGCAGCUUAUUUAAUGGAAAAUACAGUUUUAGUGUUACCCCUGGGUGGGGCAUUUGCCCGACUUUUUCAUGCACCACCGUGGGGUUUUUGGAUGAGCCGCCCGGCCCCACCGUGGGGCAUUUGCAGCUUUUCCAAAAAUAAAUAAAUAAAUAAUAAUAAUAAUAAUAAUAAUAAUAAUAAUAAUAAUAAUAAUAAUAAUAAUAACAAAUGUCCGGGGGGAGGGGGUAUGGGCACGCUUGGAAUUGCCUGAACCAUUAUUGACCAAACAGAAGGUCAAGAUGGCUAGAUAUUGGCCGAGUUCCCCUUUCCGUUUUUAUUGACCGAGACGAGGCCAGUAUACAGCCAUGAUUUGAUCGAACAAGCUCGGCUUGAUCAAUAAAGGUUUUAUUGCAAGGCCAAAAAGACAGCAUUUUCUUUGGGACCAACGGGAAAAAUCCCGAUCCCGCUAAUCAGAACGCAGGAUUCAUUUCACCUUGCCCGCUGACGGAUUCAGCCAUAUAAUAAUUGAACACUAAGUUCACGAGUUAAUUAAAGCCCAGAGUUGUUUUGAUUAACUUGCGCUCUCAUAUGCGAUAGAGGUGUAGAAACUUUUAGCAAGCACAUUCCGAUCAACAAAAAUAAAGCUUUCAAGAGACAUUUCACUUUACCAAAAAAAGGCAACUGAUAGAAGCACAUGCAUUGCAGAUCAACUACUCUUUAAAGAGAUUAAGAGUCACGUUUACGCCAAACGGCAGACGUCAGAUUCAAGUUGAGAAUUUCUCAGAAUAGAAAAUAAGCAGAUAAAAACUGUCCAGAGCAAUUCUUUAUGUAUAAAACUGGCGUGACACUACUUAUUUUUUAAGUUGAAGUAAUAAACAGUUAACGACAAUUAUGGGAAAAACUUGGUCACGUGGUACAAAUUCACGUCUGCCGUUUGGCGUAAACGUGAAUCUUAAUCUCUGUAUUGCGCAUAGUCCCACUGAGUUAAGACCUGAAGAUCGAACAAGGAUUUGUUUCGUCGUCACAGUAAGCUGCUGUCUAUAAAUAAAAGGUUUAUUUAAGUUUAUUAUGUCGACAUUUCUUUGCCAUUUCACCCACUGAAGGUAUCUUUUCAGCGUUUUGGUAUUGUCACGUGAACUAUUUCAAGAAAUAACUUGUAACUUCUGUUUCCCUUUCACUCGGAAAAGAUACCUGAUGAAAGAACAACAAAAACACAAAGAUCAAGAUCAAGAUCAACAGAAAUUGAAAGUUUGUCUAAAGAAUGGGAAUAUUUAUCAGCAGGGUAUCAAAUAACGGCUAAAUAAAGAGACGAUUAUUUAAUAUGUUGCUGGUUUUCAGUGUCACGCCAUUAAAAAUAGAUCAAAAUAAAAAUCAAAACCGUUCAAUAGAUAAAGUUCAGAAUCUGGGAAAUGAAAGGAGGUACAUAUACAAAGACCCUCGCCAAGAUUCAGGUUAGAGGAAUAUUUCGUAUACGAGAUAUCCGAAGAAAUGUUUUACCCAAACUUAUAGAGAUUUGUAUGGAGACGCCAUGCUGGUGCUCACCUGGAUGAGCUCCAACAUGGCGGACGGAACCCAACAGAAACAUCUGCGAUCUUUCACCCUUUUUUUGCUAGAAAAGCGUGAAUUUAUUCUUCGAGAAACUCAUAAACAUUAUGGUAAUUCUUGUUCUAAUAAACGAACUGUUUAGAUUGCAAAAUUUCUUGAAAUAAGUCAUUUUUUUAACCUACAUGACAGCUCUCUUAGCCGUCAUGUAAAUGCCGCGUCACGCAAAAGCUUAGAAAUUCAAGCGUACUCUAUCACAAACCCGAGAACCCUUUUGAAGCGGAAAUUUGUGUGAAAAUUAAUUUUCAGCUGCUCUAAUACAUCGUGAAAGUAAAAUCUCGGUAGGAUCGAUAGUUUCUAAGUUUGAAUUUUAGUGAGGUCAUGUGAAAACCAACAAUACUUUCUCCUCGAUGUUAUUGAAAUUUCCGCCUAUGAUAAAUACUAUAAUAGUUCUAUUUUUGGAAAAGCUCUGAAACGUAUUAGCUCACGUCCCUAUGUCAGAGAGGGAGAGUGUUAAAUGAAGAAGUCGAGGGGUAAAUUAACCAGCGAGCCAGCUCUCUACAUUCAAGGUAGGGGGGAGUGGGUCAGGUUUAGGAGGCGCGAGCGGGAGAAAAAAAAAAGAAAAGGAUGAUUACGUGCGGUUACACACACACCAUGGUAAAAGGUCUUUCCUGUCGUAAAAUUGCCGCGGUAAAUAUUUACUCUGGUAAACUUUACCAAGGUGACUUACGGUUACACGUAAAAAUAUUUUCACGCAAUUAUUUUCCCGGGAAACACUUGAAGGACUUUCAGUGCGAGCAGGAUUUUGGGUUUCAAAAAACUGUUGAUACCCAGGAUAAAAGACAUAAUACAAAUGGUCCAGGCUAAAUUUCUGAAAUUUCAGAAUCAAGUGAAGGCAAGUGACUGAAUCCAAAUUCGAAUUUGCCCUACCAAAAAAAAAAAAAAAAAAAAAAACGUUUGCUCAAAUUAUCUGGUAUUUAAGCAAACGAUUUCAAAUGUUUCUCUGAAGACAAUUUUGAAAUAGGGGGGCUCUGGCGGCGAGGCGAGAAAAGGAAGGAGAGCUUGCAAAUACGUCCCUGGAAGUUGAAUUUCUGUAUUGAAAAAGUCGAGUGAAAUGGUGAUUGGCGGAGAUGACAUUAAAAAUGAGCCUUGCAAUUGGCGCGUGCUUUCCUGUAUUUUUCAAUGUUUGUUUACAUUCCAGCUUGUUUUCUCUUCGCGCUGAUAGGUGGAAAUCUUCGAGCUCAGUCGAUGGGAUGCCACAGGGAAGUGGAAUUAAAAUUUCAGAGACGCAGUUGCAUUAGCUCUCCCUCCUUUUUCCGCCCCGCCGCCAGAGCGCCCCGGAGAGCUUGCUCGCAGGCUAUUAAUGAGUCUAAAUCCACUCUCUUUAUUUCCGUCAUUGAUUUACCGUCAUUAUAACAAAUUUCAUGUGAAGGAGUUAAAUUUUAGGACUUAAUGUCUGUCAUUAAACUUCCUGUUAUUUACUAAGUAGACUAAAAAUACUUAAUGGGGAAAACCAGGGAAAUGAGAGGAAAAAGUAUUUUAGGCUUUCUAUAGAAAAGACAUUUUUCUAAUUACUACGUAACAAGUUUUGUUCUAUAUCAUCACAACAUAAAUAAUCGUUUCCAAUACGUUUGGCUCUUGGAAUGUGCGAGCAAAGCGAGCGCCUAUUUCUUCAUGAUAUCGAAUCCAAUCACAAAAAUUUCUCAAUUUUCACCAAAACCGGCUUGAUCUCUGUGAUUUUAGGCUCCCCUCAUUGAUAACUUCACGAAGUUUACGCAUUUUGAUGAUUUACUGUAUCGUAUCCAGGCUAAUCGAGGCGGGCGGGCAGAGGAAAACAUAAAGUACACAUUCACUUGGAAGAAAAGAGAAGUAAAAAUAAGGGCAAAAAUGAGCGCCGAGGGUCUCUUUCGAAAAAACACAAUAUCCUAUUGCAUUUAAUCGAAUCAGCGCCACCCCGAAUAACCUUGCCUUCUUUAAAUCCAAAAGCAAUAGCGCCGCGGCGCUCUUUCAAAAAAUUCAAUGUAUUACUGCAUUUAAUCGAAAAGGCACCGACCUCAAACAAGAGUCGCGUAUGAGAAGAAGAAAAAUAAAUAAAAACCUUGGCACUGUUUCGAAUAAACAUAUUUCUCUCCGGCAUUCAACCCAUUCAAGCGAGAGUGCCGCAUUUCUCAGCAAUACAGCAGCGCUUAUUAAUUUUUGUUUAUCGAACCUUUUAAUAUGUUGAUUAUCAUUGCUGAUGUAAGCUUGAAGCAUACUGAUGUAAAUAUAAACCUUGUUUUGUUUUGGACUUCCAUUUCUUAUAAAGAGUACAGAAACAACUUCAAAUUUUGUUUAUCGUACGUGAUACACCCAAUUAAUGAUCAAAAUUUAUUAUCUAAGUCGAAUUACAAGGUCUGCAAGGUUGCUUUAGUAUUAAACUUCAGUCAAUGAAAAUUUGCGCACACUAAAUUGUAAAAAAAUCGGAAAUAGCGAAAAAAGACGUUAGUGAGCGCCCGCUCAUCAGACAAGAAAAAUUUGUAGAAUAUUGUAUUUUUCGAAGCGCUUAUUGAUUUUCGUAUUUAAAUUUGAGGACGGCGCUCUUUCGAUUAAAUGCAAUAGAAAAUUGUGCUUUUGAUUUUUGAAGGAGCGCCGUGGAGCUUAAAUUGAGGGCGGGGCUCCUUCGAGUUUGCAUAGUAUUUGACGUUUUUAUUACAUGUGUUGUCCUUUUUUAUUACAUUUGAGGACUUUAUUACAUUUGUAGUCAGUUCUUACAUUUGUGCAAGAGAGAUAAAGGGGACAGAGAAGGCAUCCCCCAUACACACCCUAUUCCAUAGGUAAUUCGUAUCGAGUUAUUUUUAAGACACACAGAUCCAAAGGGGUAUUAGACAACAGCCAAUCACAUAGCGCGAAUGUGUUCCGCGUGGAUGACCCACGCUCAGAGCCACGCGUCCUUCCCGAAUUGAAGCAGAAAAAAUGGCGGAAGACUCGGAGAGAAAUGGAAAUUAAAAAAUAAUCGCCCUUCCUCUCUUCUAUAGAGCUAACAGUACAGCAGGUAAAUCCUUAACACACUGAAUAUUCUCUCAGGAUCAUUUAUAAUUUACAGUUUGCAGAGAGCAAUGCUUUCGAUGUCUUUACGAUUUCACUGCCUUUUGCCCGACAGUUUUUGCUCGGCUUUUAGUCAUGUGAAUCCUCCGCGAAACAUCCACUCGGCGCGCGAGGUAACUUUAUCCCGAUUCUAAAAAUAACUCGAGACGAAUUACCUAUGGAAUAGGGUGUGUAUGGGGGAUGCCUUCUCUGUCCCCUUUAUCCUCUCUUGAUUUGUGGCUUCAACAUAUGUUUACCUACUUCCUUGGCGAGAGGCCGUCACAUGUAACGCAGUUAUUUCGUGACGUGAGGUAAAGUGUUUUGCGUAACGCAUCUUUUCAGGGCACUUGAUUUUCCAACUUGUCCGUACAGUUUACGCUUGUCAGUUAGGCCAUCCUUCCCGGACAUACUGCAGGUGCUGGUCUGAGGCUGGUAAAUGUUACCAUGACGGCGUUAAAAAAGAAAUCUGAUUCAGUUUCUAGGUCUCUCAGACUCUCUAUCUCGGGAGACUUCCCAGGGCCUCGGGAGAGCGCAUCUACAGUGUAGAGUAUUUUCCCUGGAACAUUGUAAUGUUAAACUGCAUCACCGGCAUGCAGAACCUUUGGAUCCUUAGUAGGAGCUCGUCAAUUGUAAUAUAUCGACAGGAGGUGACGUUGACAUUUUCGAAUGUAAUUCAGAAAGUAGUCUGUCUCUUAAGGCUUGAGAUAGAAAUUCAAUGAAGCUGCAGCUCGAAGCCAAUUUCUUCAGUCUAUCGACGAAUUCUGAUACAGUCUCGCUCUCUCCUUGUGACGCAGUCCAGAACUUGUGUCUUUCAGCAAUAACAAUGGGAGCAGGUUCGUAGUGUCUCUGCAAAAGCUGCGUCAACCGUGUAAACGUCUUGGCAUUCGGAUUUUCUGGAUCGCACAAAUUCUUCAACAACUUGUAAGCGUCUGGACCAAUAACAGCCAGAAAAACAUUCACUUUUUUGUCAUCGUCGAUGUCAUUCGCCGCAACAUAUGCUUCAAAUCGACCGGCAUAAUCACUGCAGCCAUGUGCACACUCUGUUUACAUUGAGGAUCCCAUCCUUGUCGCCAAUUUUGUAUUCUGAAGGAUUUUAGAAGCGAAUAAUGAGGAACAAAUAAACACACGUGCGUAUACCAAGAACGUAUUUGGCAACUGUUUAUUUCACAUCAUCUUACAUCAUGUGACCAAUACUACCCAAAAUACCACAAACGCGAGCGCAGUAAAGCCACUUUCAUGAUUCAAGUCUGCAGUGUUGUACUUCCGGUCCGUACCAGGAUAAUGCUGCAAGUCUAAAGUGGUGUAAGGCCUUUUCCAAAGCCACUCCCUGAUUUCCACUGCGUUUACAUCAUCUGAAGGUGGCCUCUCGUCUGUACAGGCUAAGAAGUAUAGGUUGAACAUGUUUGGAAUGCUAUGUAUUGACAGUAACUUCAUACCUGGCCGUAGUGUAGACUGAUAAAAUCGAAGGCUUCGAUUGAUAUGAGAAACACGAAGAGUGAUUUGCACGAUGUGCGCUUCCUGCCCAAGCGCCAGGUUCGGUUCAAGAGAGGCUUGUACGCGCUCAGAAGUAACACUAGUCUGGAAAUCCUGUUGCAGCAGCUCUAAUGCAAAUCCAUAUGGGUCGCUUAAGUGGCACAUGUAUCCGAUAUCCCGGAACCGUCUUGGAGAAGUGACCUCCACGUCCUGACGUACAAGCUUUGAACGAGCAGUGUCUACAUCUGCAAGUGAUAAUCCUAUCUUCCAGUAAACACCAGACGAUGGUUGCGGUUUGUAGUACUUUGGUGGUGUAGAUUGCUUGAGAGACGAGCGAAAUUCUACAACCGCUGAUUGCGGCGCGUUCUGAUAACCAACCCAGUGUAUCAGCUCCUUUUCACUCUUUAUUUCUUUAACGACACUCAUUCCCAGUCGAUUGCAAUACCACUCAAUAAGUCCGGCAACAGCCGAUGCAUCCACAUGAAGUCGAGGAAAUGCCAACUUCAUUACGAUUUUGGAGGUAAGAGAAGUUUUCAAAAGUUGUCAAACCGAUGGAGGCUUCCUUGUUGCACUUCUACUGACCGCUGAGGGACUUGGACCAAACCUACGGGCCACAGGUUAACCAAGCUCUAUGCGCUCGCGUUUCGUCGUUCCUGACGCCACUGUUCUAAUUUUCGACGGACCAACGGACUGGCCUCAUAAACGCUCUACCUGAACACUGUACGUUUUUCAGGGUUCUGUGGCUAAACAUUCGAGCCCCGCUUUGCGGACAUUUGAUCCGCUUAAUACGAAUGCUUCGUUUUUACGGGACAGCUUUGUUUGUCCCUGCACAAAGCCGUUACAUUUUAACACCCAUAAUAGUUAUACGAACACCCGUAAUGCGGACAAAGGUUACUUUUUUCUACUCCAACAGCCAUAAGCUCCUGACUCCAAUCAAUAGAUUCUCAGACGGGAGGAAGUUAACCUCGAUAAUAUGACAGUUUGUUAUCAACCGUGUGCUGUAUUAAUCCUUGCCUUUGCUGAAGUUGUCCUCGUAUAUCAGCAUUUCGAUGUUUACAGCGCUACGUUAGACGGGAUAAAAUGAAGUAGAGACGUCAAUUUCUGAAUUUUUAAAGUAAUAAAUGAGUUUAAUACACAGAGAACUGUUUUUGAUUAAGUAAAGAGUGCAAAUAAAAAAGGACGUAGUCUGCGUUGAGACUAGACUACGAGUAGUCCCCCCCAUUUUUCCUCAGGGAUAGUAGAGCGAGCGAAACGCGAGCGCGCGUGAAAAUCACCCCACACGAGAAAAGGCGACACACGUGUCGCCAUUCUCUCGCGUGGGUGAUUUUCACGCGCGCUCGCGUUUCGGUCGCUCUACUAUCCCUGAGGAAAAAUCGGGGACUACUCGUAGUCUACGUUGGAACUAGUAAUAGCAAUUGUAGUGUACAUCCGGAACUUAACUUCCCUAGCGCGGGAAGUCUGGAGUCAUGUGACUUGACGGAGCCAUUUUGUUUAAGUAUAGCGGUGAUGAGCUAAGUAGUGCUCGUGUUUACUAGACUACAGGCCUGUAUAUGGCCUCGUUGGCCCGUUAGAAAUACUUCAGCAAUGUUGUGAUUUUAAAGUGUAAGGGCUUUGUUCAGGAACAAAGAAAGCUGUCCGUUAUAACGAAGCGUUCAAUAAAGCGGAUGUCCGCAAAGCGGGGCUCGAAUGUAUAACCACAUGACCCUGUAAAACGUACCGAGAUAAGAGCUUGGUAUGCCUGUGGCCAAGCAUGGUUGGUCCCAUUUAGAUUUAGUAGACACCCACGGAGCUAAUCAUGUUCUAGUGCAUUAGAAAUAGGGUGGGAAAUCGUCCAGUCAACACCUGCUUAUCUUUCCAUUAUUUAUUAGACCAUUGUCUACAUGCAAAGUAACAAUUUUGUUUUAUUUUCCAUCUUAUUCUAAGAUUUAUUUGCGGUUUACUAAGUUCAGUUGUGAAAGGGUUCACUGCUCUGAUGUAAAAACAUUGGCAUAGAGGCCGUGAAAUAAUUGAAAUUUGUGAACUUAUGUUGAAUAAUGGAUGAUAUUUUUUUUUAAAAUCUACCCUAUUUUUCAUAUCAAAAAGUUUCAUAGCGAGUCUGAGAUAGCCUGGCGACAAUGGCCUAUCGUGCUAGGCCCUAAUAUUUUGAAACAAAGUUACUAAAGAUCAUUAUAAUCUUUUAACACUAAUUUAUGCCAAAUUUUGUUUACCACGAACGGUGUAAGAAUCUAAAGACGAUAUUAAUGAGAGCACAGUUAACGCUAGAAAAUCUACAUCUUCAAUAGAUCUGGAAUUGUCUCUGUGUGUGCAUAUGUAUGUGUUAGUAUAGGUAAUAGCAUGAUUUGUAGUGAUAUUUGGCAUAAAUACCACGAGUGAUAUUUCAAAAUUUUUACAACUUAUUUCAUGAGCCGUUAGGCGGGUGAAAUUUGAGACAAUUUUGAAAUAUCACAAGUAGUAUUUAUGCCAAAUAUCACGUACAAAUCAUGCUAUUACUUGUUUAUACUACUACCCGCAAAAGGUUUGUAAUUUUCACACGUGGGUAUUUCAAAUUAAGCUGCAAUACCACUGCUCUAAGCCAAUCAAAUUACAGAAAUUUCUGAUGUAGUAGUAUAAACUGUGAAGUAUCAGUAAAAUGUUUCCAGUGAUUAUUAAACUAUCUCAUUAACACAAAGAAUUUAUCUAAGUUUUGAAGUUUAUGUUAAAAUGCGACAGGUGAUAUGGAACUGUUUACCGGUAUACUAUAACUUACAUCCCCGUUGUAGCUUAACCGCACUUAAUACACUCGACUUUUCAGGAGACUUGCGAUCUGCGAACAAGGGAGCGAUCAUGGGAGUUGUUCUUCACUACAGUAUUUUCUUUAUUCUGUAUAUGCAUUCUUUAAGAAUUUGCUUCAGCUGUUUGGAUGGUAAGUUCUUCUCUUUCCGCCUUGUUGUUUCAAUCAUAUUUGGCUUGCUAUUUUCAAAAUUGAGCGACAAAAUAGUGAGAAACACAUUUAUCUCUUGAAACAAGAUAAAAAAAAAAAUAUUAAUUAGACCGACUUUAAAAAUUGGAAACAAGAGUAGCUGCAAAAUUUUCUUCUCUAAUAUACUGCCUAUAAAUAUGACUUUUAGUACGGCUUAUGGUUAAUUUCUUUAGCUGUGUUGUCUAUUCAGUACCUGAGGUUUGCUAAUUUUGUUCAAUUACAAAGUUGACAGCGCACUCAAUGUACAACAUGGAAACGUAUUUAAAAGUUAAAUAACAGGAGAUAAGUGCAAGAUAAUGUUUUUUAAGAAAUAUAAAAUUGAGUUUCCAUAUUGUCACUAUGGUUUAAUACUCGGAUUAUAAACUCGUUCAUAAGAAGGAAGUUUCCAGGAAACAAAGAAUUCUGUUUUUUGCUUGAUUAGGGGAAAAUAUUUUCACAAUAAAUACGACAGAUUACCACUAUUCAAGACGGGUUGGAAUACCAUCUUCCUUUUCCUUUUUUCAGCCUUUUGUUUGGCUUUUACAAAAAAAAAUUAUCGUAUAUAUUUUCCUAAAAAAGGGAGUUUUCUUGUUAGAGCUCCACUAAUUGACAGAAAGUGGGCCUAGAGAACUAACUUAAAUUCCAGCUCUUUUUUCUCAUUAUUUGAUAUACUAUGCUGUUUUAAGCCAGUUUGAUGCGAUUCCAAAUAACCCCAGCAAGUUUAAUUAACAUGCAUGGUAGUUUCAUGAUUAAAUGUCAGAUAAAACGUAGCUGCAAGAGUAAGGAAAUACAACCGAAAAUAUAAGUUAUUACGUUCCAUGAACUUCAAUCUUGUUUAUAAAGGACAGUUGCUUUUAAUCAAAGCUCUUUUUGCCCCCAGAAAAGUCAGAAUUGGCCACCUUAUGGGCUCCUGGAAUUGCUAAAUGCAAUUUUUUUCUUUUUGCAAUUCAGGUAAUUGCCGCCUACUGGCGUUUCCGAGUUAUUUCCUAAUUGCUGACAAAUGUUUGGAGGGCCACGCGAUCUUAAUUGUCCAAUAUGUCCCGGAUAUGGGUCUCUGUGAACUGCUUUGUUACAACGAACCAAACUGCGUCAGUGUUAAUUAUGAAAUACAAAGACAAAAACGAUGUGAACUGAACAAUUCAACACAUCGAGCGCGCGAUGCAGACUUUAAAGAGAGGGAAGGCUGCUUAUAUCAUGGCGCAAUUGUAAGUUUUUUGUCUUCUCUUUUCUUCUUUUUUUUUCUUUUAUGAUCUGCUUUCAUCAUCUUCAAGGCGAUCAUUAUCUCAUCAUAGUCAUCUUCAUCACAAGAGACGUCAUCUUCGUCAUUAGGAGUGAACGUCUCUUAAAAAAGUUAACUCAAGCUGUUUCAAAAGUCAUCACUCUUUUUCCAUGUCGCGAUUUGAGGUGAAUGUUGGUGAAUUUUUCGGGUGCUAAAUUCUAAAGGACAGUAUCUAAGUUAAAGACAAGGGAAAAAAAAUAGAAAUCGUUGUCCAGAAACGUGACAUUAGGCAGGUGAUGAAACGACACCAACGAAAUAUACAAUUAAGCUUAAUCCACGUGGAAAGUUGUUUGUUUUGAAAUUUGGUAAACUAAACCUAUUUGCUUUUUCGACGUUUUCGUUGUCUUCGACGUCAUCGUUGUUUAAGCUCCCUAUUAUCAUCAUCAUCUUUGUAAUAAUUAUCAUUGUCAUCAUCGUCAUAGUCAUCCCUUAGUUUAUAGUUGACGCUCGAUCAUGAAGGUUUGGAGUAACUUCUGUUGCAAAUCAGACAUGAUUUUUGUUCUUUAAAGAGUGCUUGUGAUAAUCCCCGUUGCCAUAACAACGGUACCUGUCAGUCUGGAUUCACAGAGAAAAAAUAUCGGUGUUUAUGUCCUUUUGGUUUCACUGGUGAACACUGUGAGAAUGGUAAGUUGUUCUUGAAAGUUUCUUUUAAAGCAACUGAUUAAAUCAAAGGAUUUUAAAUCGUAAUAAAGAUAAUUUGAGCCGUCCAUGUCAUUUCGCACGGCAGUGUAUGAAACGAGCGGUUUUUUUACGGUUUUGUUAUCCUGUGAGUUUAAAUUAGCCUUCUUUAAAUGUCGCAAACUUUCAAGUACUAUUUUCCACGAAAUUUUUGCAUUACGUUUUCGUAAUCUUGUGUGUGUUUCUUGGUUAUUUGAGUUGCGUGUUAGGGCUUCUUGUCAAGAAGUAGCAGUUGGUAAAAGAAAGCUAAUCUUCAAUUCAAAGUAGACAGACUGCAAAUUAUCUUAGUUGCUAAAAAAUAUAUAUCUACGUGUCGCAACUGUUCAUCAGUAGGAUGCCUAAAAUGCGUGCAAUUCCACAAUUGGUUUCGGCUCCAUUAAAUAGCAUCUCAACUGUAAAAGAAGAAAACCUGAUAUGGCCUGAGCCUGAGUAAUACCUCUACGCUCUUUGCUAGGAAGUUCAUUUUAUUGAGCUCGCGAGGGGGCGGGAAGACUUCAAUGAAAAAUGCUCGUCUGAAAUUAGUAUUAAAACCCCUACAGGACACUAAUCAGGGCGCGGCCUUUUGCUCUUAGCUGUAAUUGACCCCUUAAGAAUACCAUGGAUCAUGAAAGUAUGACGGCAUUUGUUUUUUUUAUAUAUGGGCAUUUCUUGAGGAAAAAACCCAAACUCAUCCUCUUUAGCCCUCAGCAAUACCUUAAUGGGUAAAACAUUGAAUUUCCACCCUGCAUACCCUACGUGUGACCACUCUAGCUGCCAAGUCCAAUGCGAGCCGAUGAAAUCGGGUUGUACAUAUUUUUUGAUAACUUACCGUGAGCAGCUAAGGGAGAGUUUUAACCAAAUAAAACUUUGCGAGGGAACAUAAGUGACAUACAAAGAUCAAGAAUGUCAAAUGUCGAAACUGUGGGUCCAACCAUUAUGGGCUCUUGCCAUAAUCUUUUACUGAAUAUUGUCAAAAGUCUUAAUUUUUUCAUAACUAAUUAAGUUCAUGGGCGAAAGUGAAAAAAAAAACAACAACAACAACAAAAACAACGACAACAAAAAGCAAAUUAAACAAUAAGUCAAUGUCUUAACAGACAGAGGAAAAUCUAGCUUUUUUUUGGAUUCAACACCGAUUUUGUGACUUGCUACUUAUACUGUUACUACCUUCUAGUAACUUCUUCUCUUGAUUUCACUGUAGAUGUAAACGGUGGAAAGUCUAAAACACAAAUGCGAAACACGUUUGUUUCUAUUAUUGAUCAAUAUGAUUUCAGACAUCAAUGAGUGCAAAGAAGGAACCCACAAUUGCAAUUCUAAUGCGAUUUGUAAUAACACCAAAGGAUCCUACAACUGCACAUGUAAACCAGGAUAUGAAGGGGACGGAAAUCAUUGCACAGGUGAUGUUAUUCGUAAUUUAGUCAUUUUGCGUGCCAUCGAAGGCAUUGCCGUUUUUAUUUUUCCGUAGUAAAAUGAUUAUUACUGAUUAUUACUUGUCAGGUAGUUGACCAUGUUACCUCAGUCAAAAUUUUACGCGGAAUGUUUUAUAACACUUGGUACAAUGUACCUUGUAUUUUCAAUGUUUUGUCAAUCUCCUCCUGCAAGAAUCUUCAUUUUUAAAGGAGGUGAGAUUUCAUGGAAGAAGAAGAAGAAGAAGAAGAAGAAGAAGAAGAAGAAGAAGAACAUCAAUGACCGGCAUCAGAAACUUUGCUUUUUUCCUCAUGUAUUUCUUUUCAUCACAAACUCAGGUUGCCAUGCAUUGUUUAAUAUGAUUUCAGACAUCAAUGAGUGUAAUGCGGGAUCUCACAAUUGCAGUUCUAAUGCGUUUUGUAAUAACACCAAAGGAUCCUACAGCUGCUCUUGUAAGCCUGGAUAUACGGGAGAUGGAUGGACCUGUACAGGUAAAUGAUGGUUUUGGUGAAUGAAGAAAGGUUUCGUGACAAAGUCAUGUUGUGAUGGUUGGAGUAAAGUUGUUCAGUUUUGUUUUUCUGGUCUCAGUUCUUUUAUUUCUUGUGAAACUUGCCGUUUCUCAAUGUCCGUAGACUUUUAAAAAUAACUAAGUAGGUUCACACUCGCUGAGACGGCUUUAGUUAAGUAGUAGGGUUGGUGGUGGAAAACUCUCGAUUCAACUUUCAAUGCAUUAAGGAGACCCACGAAAUAAAAAGAAGGCAAAAGUUAUGGUAAGGCAACCUUAAUUUUCAAAAAAAUUCAACGUGGUGUCGAUAACAAUAUUUUUUUUUACUUACUUCUAAUACUAUUACUACCUUCUGACUAGCAGCCUUCUCUCUUGAUUUCACUGUAGAUAUUAACCUGGGAAUGUCUAAAACACGCGAAUGCGAACUAAGUUUGUAGCUAUUAUUGAUCAAUUUAAUUUCAGACAUCAAUGAGUGCAAAGAUGGAACCCACAAUUGCAGUUCUAAUGCGGUUUGUAACAACACCAAAGGAUCCUAUAACUGCACAUGUAAACCAGGAUAUGAAGGAGACGGGGAUAAUUGCACAGGUAAUUUACUUCGUAACUUCCUCAUUUUGCAUACCAUCGAAAGCAUUGCUGUUUUUAUUUUUCAAUGAUAAGAUGCUCUUUAUAGCAAUUCUUUGCUAGAUAGUAGACCAUAUUACCUUCAAAUUUUAAGCGGAAAGUUUAAUGCUUAGCACCUUGUAUUAUGUUAAUGGCGGCAUCAGAAACUUUGCUUUUUUUCUCUCACGCAUUUCUUUUACAACUUUCUUCUCAGUACUGGCCUCACUUUUUAGAAAGCUGAGAGGAAUUCACUCUGCAAACUAAGCUUAUCUUCAUUGCUCUGUAUGAUUUCAGACAUCGAUGAGUGUGAAGGAGGAACUCACAAUUGCAGUUCUAAUGCGGUUUGUAACAACACCAAAGGAUCCUAUAACUGCACAUGUAAAUCUGGAUAUGAAGGGGACGAAAAUAAUUGCACAGGUGAUAUUUUUCGGAGUGUAGCUAAAUGUCGUGGGUCGUGGGUAGUGGGUAGAGGUCGUGGGUGUCGGUGUGGGUAAAUGUCGUGGGUAAAAAAAAAAUUCCAAAGAAAAAAGGAAAACUAAAAAAUUAAUGAAACGAAAAUCUCCGCGUACAUGUCAGUCCCCUUUCCCGCGUUAGCAAAGCAAAUAAGCGAAUCCUUUAGGACAAACGGAACUGACUAAAAUAAAAGAAACUCUGUACACUAUGUAAACCUGAAGCAAGCUAUAGAAAACUGGAGACUGAACUGCUUUUUCUCAAAAAAGUUAACAUUCGUGACUGAAACGUCCUUUCAGUUAAAAGAAUGAUAUUUAGAGUCGUUAUAGCAAAGAUUUUGUACACAAGACAAAAAAAAAAAGAAUCAAGAAAAUUAUAUGUAGGUACGGCAAUGCAAUAAAAUUUACAUGCAGUCUCGCCUUAACUUGAAAGGUUGAGCACGAAGGUGGUUCCUUCGUAAGCUAUUAGCUAGCCUAAAACUUCUUUAGGAAAGACGUCUAUCCAAAAAUAUGAAAUACCUCAAAAUUGUCCUUUUUCCUUCACCUUUCCCACUGUAAUCGCAUUUAUUCGUGUUAAAAAAUCUCCGCUGAUCACUGGAAUUGUAGAUCGAAUAAAGAUUAAUAGUGAGCAGCUAUUUCCAUUCAAUUCAGCGAGUCAAAGCUGUCGAUCCCAUACUUUCUGCAAAUUGCACGUAUAAUUUACGUCUGUUUCGUUUAUUUCGCGGCGAUAGCUCAGGUGUGGAUAAAUCUUCAUCGGCAACAUGUAAUGUCUUUUGUCAAGAGCCAUAAUAUGGCUCUUGCUUUUGUACAGAGAUGGUAUGAGAGGGGUGCCAAGUCCCACGUGGCUAAGGAAAUAUCUGGAAGAGGACGAAGAAGAAGCCGUGACGAAAAGGGCAAUCAAGGAGUUGGAGAUUUUUGUUUCAUAAAUAUUUAACAACUUUAUUCUAUUUAUUUCUUUUUUUCAAUUUCUUUUAGUUUAUUAUUACUUUUUUUCUAUACUUUUUCUACCCACGACAUUUACCCACACCCACACCCACACCCACACCCACCCACGACAUUUGGCUACACUCUAUUUUUCGUACUUUAGUCAUUGUGAAUGCCAUCGAAAGCAUUUUUUCAUGAUAAGAUGCUCUUUAUAGCAAUUCUUUGCUAGAUAGUAGACCAUAUUACCUCAAAAUUUUAAGUGGACAGGUUAAUGCUUAGUACCUUGUAUUUUAAAUGUUUUGUCUCCUAACAUGGCCGGCAUCAGAAACUUUGUUUUUUUGUUUUUUCUCAUGCAUUUCUUUAACAACUUUCUUCUCAGUGCUGGCCUCACUCUUUAGAAAGCUGAGAGGAAUUCACUCUGCAAACUAAGCCAAUCUCUAUUGUUCUAUAUGAUUUCAGACUUUAAUGAGUGUGAAGUAAGAACUCACAAUUGCAGUUCUAAUGCGGUUUGUCACAACAUCAACGGAUCCUACAAUUGCACAUGUAAACCUGGGUACUUGGGAGACGGAUGGAACUGUACAGGUGAUGAAUACAUAAAGGACGUUUUGGUUAAUGGGGGAAGUAUCUUGACAAAUUCGAGUUUUAUUCAUGAAAGCUUAUAGCAAAUUUGGAAGUAAUGACCUACUUUGGAAAUGACGCAAUACGAUCUUAACGUAAUACUAACAAUUAUUGGCCAUAAGAAAAAGAGAAUGAAAUUUCUGGUCACGAUUAUGAUAUCUUGGGAGACAAAUUCAUACACUUAAUUAGUGAAUAAGAUAGACGGUUAUUCAAAAAUCGGUUGCGGGUCUUUAACGAACAAAUAAGACGAUGCAUGGACAAUAAAAGGGUCUUACCUUUACUUUUGCAAGAAAGAAUAUUUUACCUCCAGAAUAAGUAGAUUUUAAUUUUUCAUCGAUUGGGCAUUCAGUUAUUUACAUGUAAUAUAAAACCUGUUUGAGAUAUCGAUGAGUGUGUAGUAGAUACACACCACAAUUGCAGUUCUAAUGCAUUUUGCAAUAACACUCACGGAUCCUUCAAUUGUACAUGUAAACCUGGAUUUACAGGAGAUGGAGAAAACUGCACAGGUAGUAUUCUCAGUGGUACGUGUGUUCUCGUAGGGCAGCAGAAACUUUAUCUCUAAUCUCUUUCAUUCUCUUCCCCAGUUACAACUUUCUUCUUAUGGCAAUGCAACGACAGAGGUGGAUGCAGGGGAGGUGGUUUGGAAGGCUAGCCACCUCCCCUUUUUUAGCCGACUUACUUGUUUAUUAGAACAGUUCAAUUAGCACUUUAUUCCCGUGUUAUGCUCGGUAUCGUGUACAGCCAGGAAGAGAACAAGUUUUUUGUAAAUGUAAUCAUUUCUAUAUUUUGUGGCGUUGUAUGAAUUUGCGGUGUUGCAGGUUGCUAUUCCUCCUUACUCAAUUAAAACGUUUUAGGGACGCCAUAUACUAGGACAAGUUACCCUUAUCACCCACUCCCUCUUAUCUCUUAAAAUCCUGGAUCCGCCCAACUGAACGAACGCCCAGUAACAGGUAAGAGGAGUCACAUUUCAAACUAAGCUCAUUAUUUGUGCUGUCCAAUAAUGCAAUAUUACAGACAUCAACGAGUGUGAAGCAGACACUUACGUGUGCGGUUCUGAUGCCAUUUGUAACAACACCCACGGAUCCUUCAAUUGCACAUGUAAAUUUGGAUAUAGAGAAGAUGGAAAUAACUGCACAGGUAAUAUUCAUUUUAGUGUCUGGUCUGCUCGCAUGGCAUCAAAAGCUUUGUGUUUGUUUCAGUGUUUGUUUGUUUGAUUUUUCCUCUUUUGUUUUCUUAACAACUUACUUCGUCUGUAGCUUUAAAACGAGCGUCAGUCGGUUUACCGUUGUCUAGUCAGCUGAUAGGAAUCCACCGUGCAAACUUAGUUUAUUGUCAUUGAUGUUCAACUAUGAUUUCAGACAUCAUUGAGUGCAAAGAAGGAAACCACAAUUGCGGUUCUAAUGCGGUUUGUAAUAACACCAAAGGAUCCUACAACUGCACAUGUAAACCAGGAUAUGAAGGGGACGGAAAUAAUUGCACAGGUAAUUUCUUUCUUAACUUGGUCAUUUUGCAUGCCUUCGAAAGCAUUGCUGUUUUAUUGUUUUUAUGAUAAUAUGUUCUUUAUAGAAACCAUUUGUUAGAUACAGUUGAACAUCUCCACAACGGCCACCUAAUUGGGGACAGAAGAAAGCGGCGGUUGAGGAGAGGUGACCUUUAGUAGAGGUUCUACUGUAUUACCUCAAAAGGUAAGAAAAUUUAAAACGCAUUAACGUACUAGUAUACAGUGGAUGUAUACCUUUCUAUUUAGUGUACUGGCCGGCAUCAGAAACUUGAUUUUCUUUGUUUUUUCGUGUUUAUUUUUUCUCAUGUAUUUCUUUUGCACCUUUCUCCUCAGUUCAAGAUUACACUUUGUAUAGAACGUUGAGAGGAAUCCACAUUGCAAAGUUAACUUUUGCUAUUGAUCAAUAUCAUUUCAGACAUCGAUGAGUGUAAAGCAGCAGAAGCCUACAAUUGCAGUUUUAAAGCGGUUUGUGAUAAAACCGAGGGCGCAUACAACUGCACGUGUAAACCUGGGUACUUGGGAGACGGAUGGAACUGUACAGGUGACUGAUUAUUAUAUGAAGGAAUUUUUAGUGAUUGGGACAGUCUUGCUCAACGUAAGUCUUAUUGCGAGGGCUUGAGCAAAGUUAAACCUUAAGAAAAGUUGGAGGUAAACCCUCUUUGGAGAUACAAUCGGUUUUAUCGAUUAAGGAAGGAAUAUAUUGCAAAUUGCCUUCUCUCAUCGACCUCAUCGUCCCGUCAUUGGGGAGCGGGUUGGCAAAGAUUGUUUCUUGCUAUAAAGAGCUAGUUUGCCUUCGCCAACGUUAUUAAUUAUGUACGACUUACAGGCCAACAAUCAUUAAAGCGGAAGCGGAAAAAUUUAUUGUCUGUAAUGGAAAAUGAAAGCCGCAGGAAAUAGAUCAACUCUCAUAUCUACGCUACGGCAACAUAAACCAACCACUGAAAACAUUUCUUAGUUAUUAGUCAACCAAUAAAAAACCAAGACGACCCAAAAAUAACUAAACAACAUGUCAAACUGGUGGUGGUGGUGAAAAACUCUCAAUUCAACCUUUAAUGCAUAGUUGACAAUGCAAUAUUAAGUACCCUGCGAGCAGAGGCUACAUUUUCGCUGUGUGAGCUGUCGUGCGAAAACUAGCCUCUGCCGACAACCGUUCAAUUUUCUAUCGUGCAUGCGCGAAAUUCGUCGCGCGAUUCGCAAGCAAAAUUAAUCGUCGGGUCUGUCGUCAAAGGGCGCUAGUUUCGCGGGAAUGAAAAAAAUACGACAACUCUGAUCUGCUACGCAAGACUCACACAAUGCUCUAAACCGGUCAAAAACAGGAAAAAACCGUUUUUUAAAAUUUAUUCGUACAGAUUUCUGGACGGAUUUGAACGGUUGUCGGCAGAGGCUCCUCUCAGACAGCGAAAAUGUAGCCUCUGCUCGCAGGGUAAUUUUUAAGGAGACCCACGAAAUAAAACGAAGGCAUAUUAAGUUAUGGUAAGGUAAUCUUAAUUUUCUCUUAAGUUAUUUAUUGAUCAAAGCAAAAAAAAUUCAACGUGGUGUCGAUAACAAUGUUUUUGACUUACUUCUAAAACUGUCACUACCUUCUAGCAGCCUACUAACUUGAUUUUAAAGUAUAUAGUAACUGGGGAAAGUCUAAAACACAAGAAUGCGAAAUAAGUUUGUUGCUGUUAUUGAUCAAUAUAAUUUCAGAUAUCAAUGAGUGUAAAGGACUCAAAACCCACAAUUGCAGUUCUAAUGCGGUUUGUAACAACACCAAAGGAUCCUACAACUGCACGUGUAAACCUGGGUACCUGGGAGACGGAUGGAACUGUACAGGUGAUGCCUAUCCAACUGCAUGAACUCGAAAUAUUUUAGUGAUUGAGUGAAGUGCCAAAUUAGAGUUUUAUUUACAAAAGCUUAAAUAAGGAAAGUUGAAGGUACACCUACUUUGAGAAUGAUGCAAUAGGAUCUUCACGCUAUAUUAACAAUUUCUAGUCUUGAGUGAAAAAAUAAAGAGAUUUGAGUUCGCGACUAUGGUAUCUUGAGUUGCUAGACCAGACGGUUAUUAAAUAUAAUGCACCGUAAUUUUUAGGGAGUUAUUAUAACUCCAAAAAUGGAGUAAAAAUUUUAGGUACAGGAUAACCCCUUUUUUGGGGUUAUUUUAACUCCUAAUUUAACUCCGAAUUUGGGGUCAUUUUUACUCCUGAAAAAGAGUUCUUUUUACUCCCAGUCUUGGAGUUAAAACUACUCCGAAAUGGGGUUACUUGUACUCCUUACAGGGGUUGUUUUUACUCUUUUUGGAGUUAAUUUAACUCUGAAAGUGGAGUAAAAAUUUUAGGUACAGGAUAACUCCUUUUUUGGGGUUAUUUUAACCCCUCAAUAUCUGGGGUCACUUUUACUCCUGAAAAAGAGUUCUUUAAACUCCUUUUUGGAGUUAAAAUAACUCCACAAAAAAUAACUCCACUGUCAGGAGUUAACUUAGCCCCACUAGAGGAGUUAUUAUAACUCCCUGAAAAUUACAGUGUGGAGGCUGAGUUAUCCAAAAAUCGAGUGCGGUUCUAGUCAUUAAAACAAACAAAUGCGACGAAAACGCAAAAUACAGAAACGACAAACGGGUCUUACGCUUGCAUUUGUAAGAAAGAUAAAGAAAUAUCAAUUUUUCAUCAUUGAGCAUUCAGUUAUUUACAUGUGAUAUAAAACUUAUUCAGAUAUUGAUGAGUGUGUGGCAGGUUUACACAAUUGCAGUUCUGGUGCAUUUUGUAAUAACACCCACGGAUCCUUCAAUUGCACGUGUACACCAGGAUAUACAGGAGAUGGACAAAAAUGCACAGGUAAUAUUUUUAUUAGCGUUUGGUCUGCUUGCAUGGCAACAAAAUUUUUUGGUUGUUUGUUUGUUGGUUUUUUUCUUCUUUACUCCCUUAACAACUUACUUCACAAUUUUUUAACUAUAAAAGAACGCCAAGACAGCUUAUAGGAAUUCACAGUGCCAACUUUAAUAAUAGCUUUAAAGGGACUGUGACACGCUUCUGCGCAUGUGCGGCAACUUGAUUUCUGUUCCGGCGAACAGUUUUUCAAGAUUGGCGUUUUGGUGAAGAAAUCCUCUUCCAUCGACCCAAAGACGCCCGAGAAAGCCAUAAAAUCAGUGUUCAAGAGCUAUUUGGUCCAUUUGGGAAGUUUUAAACGCCAUAUUUUGUAUUUUUGUGCAAGUAUUGUCGAGAAAAUUCGAAGUCAUUGAGGAGAACCGUACGAAGCCCUGUUCGUUGUUGUCAGUGUUCCUAUAAACGGAUCAAAUGUGGCCUUUAAUGUGGUCAUCUGGCUUUCAUUUCUGUCUAUUAAUGUUCUCCAGUCAAGGAUCUACCUUUGACGGAUAUUUUUUAAACGAUAAAUAUGUAAAGAGAGUUAAAAAGGGUUCCCUCGAUACAGCCGUGGACUGCUAAUGGGACGCAGCGCGGUGAGUGAAGCUGAUCUGCGACAUGACUUCCGAUUGUCUGUAAUAAUUUAAUUUAUCGAGUGUCCGGAACCCAGCAAUCUUUUGUUGUACAGGAAGUCCUGUGAGGUUUGAGGAAACAAUCCAUUUUGUCACAAUCCAGUUUGUCACAACAUCAAAGGAUCCUACAACUGCACAUGUAAACCUGGGUACUUGGGAGACGGAUGGAACUGUACAGGUGGUGAAUACACAAAUAGGUAGAGAACGUUUUGGUUAAUGGGGGAAGUAUCUUGACAAAUGCGAGUUUUGUUCAUGAAAGCUUAAAGCAAAUUUGGAAGUAAUGACCCACUUUGGAAAUGACGCAAUACGAUCUUAACGUUAUACUAACAAUUAUUUGUUAUAAGAAAAAAUAGAAUGAAAUUUUAGGUCACCGUUAUGGUACCUUGGGAGACAAAUCCUUACUCUUAGAGAAUAAAAUGGACGGUUAUCCAAAAAUCGGUUGCGGGUCUAUAACAAACAAAUAAGACGACGCAGGGACAAUAAAAGGGUCUUACCUUUGCUUUUUCAAGAAAGAAUAUUUGACCUCCAGAAUAAGUAGAUUUGAAUUUUUCAGCGAUUGGGCAUUCAGUUAUUCACAUGUAAUUUAAAACCUAUUUCAGAUAUCGAUGAGUGUCUAGUAGAUACACACCACAAUUGCAGUUCUGAUGCAUUUUGCAAUAACACCCACGGAUCCUACAACUGCACAUGUAAACCUGGAUUUACAGGAGAUGGAGAAAAGUGCACAGGUAGUAUUUUAAGUAGUAUGUCUGUUCUCGUAUGGCAGCAGAAAUUUUAUCACUUGUCUUUAGUUAUCUCCUCCUGUUAUAACUUUCUUCUUAUAGCAAUGCAACGACAUAGGUGGAUGCAGGGGAGAUGGAUUGGAAGGCUAACCACCUCCCCUUUUUUAGCCGACUUACUUGUAUGUUAGAACAGUUUAAUUGGCACUUUUUUCCCGUGUCAUGCUGUAUAUCGUGUACAGCCAGAAAGAGAACAAGUUUCUUGUAAUGUAAUCAUUUCUAUAUUUUGUGGCGUGUAAGAAUUUGCGGUGUUAAAGGUUCCUGUUCAUCCUUCCUCGAUUGCAACGUUUUGGGGACGCGACAGGACAAAUUACCGGUAUCACCCACUCCCUCUUAGCUCAUAAAAUCCUGGAUCUGCCCAACUGAACUAACACCCAGUGACGGGUACGAAGAACCGCCUUCAGCGUAUUAAGCUAACUAUUUAUGGUGUUCAAUAAUGUAAUAUUACAGACAUCGACGAGUGUAAAGCAGACACUUACGUGUGCGGUUCUGAUGCCAUUUGUAACAACACCCAAGGAUCCUUCAAUUGCAUAUGUAAACCAGGAUAUGAAGGGGACGGAAAUAAUUGCACAGGUAAUUUCUUUCUUAACUUGGUCAUUUUGCAUGCCUUCGAAAGCAUUGCUGUUUUAUUGUUUCUAUGAUAAUAUGUUCUUUAUAUAGAAACCAUUUGUUAGAUACAGUUGAACAUCUCCUCAACGGCCACCUAAUUGGGGACAGAAGAAAGCGGCGGUUGAGGAGAGGUGACCUUUAGUAGAGGUUCGACUGUAUUACCUCAAAAGGUAAGAAAAUUUAAAACGCCUUAACGUACUAGUAUACAGUGGAUGUAUACCUUUCUAUUUAGUGCACUGGCCGGCAUCAGAAACUUGAUUUUCUUUGUUUUUUCGUGUUUCUUUUUUCUCAUGUAUUUCUUUUGCACCUUUCUGCUCAGUUCAAGAUUACACUUUGUAUUGAACGUUGAGAGGAAUCCACAUUGCAAAGUUAACUUUUGCUAUUGAUCAAUAUCAUUUCAGACAUCGAUGAGUGUAAAGCAGCAGAAACCCACAAUUGCAGUUUUAGAGCGUUCUGUAAUAACACCGAGGGCGCAUACAACUGCACGUGUAAACCUGGGUACUUGGGAGACGGAUGGAACUGUACAGGUGACUGAUUAUUAUAUGAAGGAAUUUUUAGUGAUUGGGACAGUAGCUUGCUCAACGUAAGUCUUAUUGCGAGGGCUUGAGCAAAGUUAAACCUUAAGAAAAGUUGGAGGUAAACCCUCUUUGGAGAUACAAUCGGUUUUAUUGAUUAAGGAAGGAAUAUAUUGCAAAUUGCCUUCUCUCAUCGACCUCAUCGUCCGGUCAUUGGGGAGCGGGUUGGCAAAGAUUGUUUCUUGCUAUAAAGAGCUAGUUUGCCUUCGCCAACGAUAUCAAAUAUGUACGACUUACACGCCAACAAUCAUUAAAGCGGAAGCAGAAAAAUUUAUUGCCUGUAAUGGAAAAUGAAAGCCGCAGGAAAUAGGUCAACUCUCAUAUCUACGCUACGGCAACAUAAACCAACCACUGAAAACAUUUCUUAGUUAUUAGUCAACCAAUAAAAAACCAAGACGACCCAAAAAUAACUAAACAACGUGUUAAACCGGUGGUGGUGGUGAAAAACUCUCAAUUCAACCUUUAAUGCAUAGUUGACGAUGCAAUAUUAAGUACCCUGCGAGCAGAGGCUGCAUUUUCGCUGUGUGACCUGUCGUGCGAAAAUUAGCCUCUGCCGAUAACCGUUCAGUUUUCUAUCGUGCAUGCUCGAAAUUCAUCGCGUGAUUAGCAAGCAAAAUUAAUCGUCGGGUCUGUCGUCAAAUGACGCGAGUUUCGCGGGAAUGAAAAAAAUGCGACAACUCUGAUCUGCUACGCAAGACUCACGCAAUGUUCUAAACGGGUCAAGAACAGGAAAAAACCCCUUUUUUUAAAAAUUUAUUCGUCCAGAUAUUCUGGGCGGAUUUGAACGGUUGUCGGCAGAGGCUACUAUCAGACAGCGAAAGUGAAGCCUCUGCUCGCAGGGUAAUUAUUAAGGAAACCCACGAAAUAAAACGAAGUCAAAAGUUAUGGUAAGGUAGUCUUAAUUUUCUCUUAACUUAUUUAUUAAUCAAAGCAAAACAAAUUCAACGUGGUGUCGAUAACAAUGUUUUUGACUUACUUCUAAAACUGUCACUACCUUCUAGCAGCGUACUAACUUGAUUUUACCGUAUAUAGUAACUGGGGAAUCGAUGGGAAAGUCUAAAACGCACGAAAGCGAAAUAAGUUUGUUGCUGUUAUUGAUCAAUAUAAUUUCAGAUAUCAAUGAGUGUAAAGGACUCAAAACCCACAAUUGCAGUUCUAAUGCGGUUUGUAACAACACCAAAGGAUCCUACAACUGCACGUGUAAACCUGGGUACCUGGGAGACGGAUGGAACUGUACAGGUGAUGCCUAUCCAAAUGCAUGAACACGGAAUAUUUUAGUGAUUGAGUGAAGUGCCAAAUUAGAGUUUUAUUUAUAAAAGCUUAAAUAAGGAAAGUUGGAGGUACACCUACUUUGAGAAUGAUGCAAUAGGAUCUUCACGCUAUAUUAACAAUUUCUAGUCUUGAGUGAAAAAAAAAAAAGAGAUUUCAGGUCGCGACUAUGGUAUCUUGAGUUGCUAGACCAGACGGUUAGUAAAUAUAAUGGAGGCUGAGUUAUCCAAAAAUCGAGUGCGGUUCUAUUAAUUAAAACAAACAAAUGCGACGAAAACGCAAAAUGCAGGAACGACAAACGGAUGUUACGCCUGCAUUUGCAAGAAAGAUAAAGAAAUGUCAAUUUUUCAUCCAUUGAGCAUUCAGUUAUUUACAUGUGAUAUAAAACUUAUUCAGAUAUCGAUGAGUGUGUGGCCGGUUUACACAAUUGCAGUUCUGAUGCAUUUUGUAAUAACACCCACGGAUCCUUCGAUUGCACAUGCAAACCGGGAUAUACAGGAGAUGGACAAAACUGCACAGGUAAUAUUUUUAUUAGCGUUUGGUCUGCUUGCAUGGCAUCAAAAUUUUUUGGUUGUUUGUUUGUUGACUUUUUUCUUCUUUACUCCCUUAACAACUUACUUCACAAUUUUUUAACUAUAAAAGAACGCCAAGACAGCUUAUAGGAAUUCACAGUGCCAACUUUAAUAAUAGCUUUAAAGGGACUGUGACACGCUUCUGCGCAUGUGCGGCAACUUGAUUUCUGUUCCGGCGAACAGUUUUUCAAGAUUGGCGUUUUGGUGAAGAAAUCCUCUUCCAUCGACCCAAAGACGCCCGAGAAAGCCAUAAAAUCAGUGUUCAAGAGCUAUUUGGUCCAUUUGGGAAGUUUUUUUUUUGUGCAAGUAUUGUCGAGAACAUUCGAAGUCAUUGAGGAGAACCGUACGAAGCCCUGUUCGUUGUUGUCAGUGUUCCUAUAAACGGAUCAAAUGUGGCCUUUAAUGUGGUCAUCUGGCUUUCAUUUCUGUCUAUUAAUGUUCUCCAGUCAAGGAUCUACCUUUGACGGAUAUUUUUUAAACGAUAAAUAUGUAAAGAGAGUUAAAAAGGGUUCCUUCGAUACAGCCGUGGACUGCUAAUGGGACGCAGCGCGGUGAGUGAAGCUGAUCUGCGACAUGACUUCCGAUUGUCUGCAAUAAUUUAAUUUAUCGAGUGUCCGGAACCCAGCAAUCUUUUGUUGUACAGGAAGUCUUGUGAGGUUUGAGGAAACAAUCCAUCGAACAUGAAACGUUUUAACAGGUAUUCGAUUUAUGACUCCGAUCCGUAGUUGUAUAGCAGAAAGUACUGACAACAGGCCGCGCGAUCUUUACUGAUGUAGUUCACUGGGAAUGUUCCUUGUAUCUUUUCUGUAUGAGCGUAGAUGUUUAACAAUUGAUCUUUUAAAAAUAAAUUGUUGCCUGAAUGUUCCGUUUAACAUCUGGUUUCUUUAUGUGUUGAAUCGAUAACGUUUGUUUUGCGGAACACCCGACGCAACGACUCGGAAGGAAUUUUUUUAUUUGCUGAUAAGCAAUUGAAAUUUAUGCCAUAGUGAUGGGCUCCUGUUUAUGCCUUUUUUUGCGUUGUUCUUUUAGAAUAAUCUUUAUACUUAUACGUUAUGUGGCUACUAUUGCAAUGAAAGCGUUUUAUGAUGAAGCGCUAAGAAAAACACUGCUACGAUUUUUAGCUGGUAUCAUUCGACUGAGCUACAGUGUUCAUACAGAAUGUUCAUCGCGCUAGCCGACCGUAUGGCAUGGCUUAUUUUAUUAUAGCGCAUUUAGCUGGCAUUUUAAGCAAAACGUUUGCCUCAUCCUAUACUGUGUGUUUUGAUCACCGGUCAGGAGCUAUUUGCAGGUAUUUCUAAGUUUAUAUAGGGUAAACAGAGAGAUCAGUAAGGUUUGUUUACAAAUUUUUUUUGUUUGCGGAUCGGAGACUGGUUUUCUAGUGUGGUUACGUAAAAAUACACGUAGGUAAAUGUUUGUUUGAAAGCAGGACAGGGUUUUUAACCCGGGGGGGUACUGACAUAUAUGGGCUAUAUAGGUAUGUGCCGCUGUGAAGGGUAUGAUUUUCAAGCAAUUUACUCUAGAACAGGGUAUAUAAAUCAGAACGUUUGGGUCUAGAAUAAGGUAUCAUUUUUCUGGGAACUGAUCAGUUGGUUGAAGAUUUUAUGUAGACUAGGGAAACAGCUACUCUAGGAUAGGGGGAUUUCGGGAGUUUACUCUAGUAUAGGGUAGAAAAACUUAGCUGAACUAGCUCUGGUAUAGGUUAAGGGUUCCAGGGUCCCAACGGCACAUCCCCACCCAGAAAUUCUUAAAGUACCCCCGGGGGUCGUUAAUCUUAUUCUUAUCAGCUGCAUUUAUCUGAGGUAUACCAGAGACUAAAUAUAAAUUAUGGGGAUAUAUAAAAUCGAACAAAAACGUCCGGAAGACUCCCGCUUCGCGAACAAUGAAUCUUGAAUCAUGUAAAUUUCCUCGCAUGCAUCUUACUCACUUCCGAUUGGUUCAAAGACAAUCAGCUACUGUCACAGCUCACACAUGCACACUAUCGUGACACAGUCCCUUUAAUAUUGUUACUUUUUAGGCUAUCCAGAGUACUUUUAGAUCUGUAGAAAUGCAUUUUAAGCUGCGCUAUAAAAUUUGUAUCCGUUAGGUCAUCCUUGGGUAACUUGAGACUUUUGGAAAUUAUAAGGGCUUCUGAUCAGUAUUUUAGAUGUAAUUUAAAGCGUUACGAGAAUAAGAAUCCUCCCUCCAUCACAUAUUCGAAUCCGAAGAUUUUAGGUUUCCUUCUUCUACGAAAAAUAGCUUAACCUGGGGAGUGAAAUGCGGAAAAUUAAACUUCAGAAAAUCAUAGGGAAUUUAUAGAUAAGCUUCGAAAAUUGUAGUUGAAUGGAACGGUCAUCUAGAAAUAGCUUUCCUCAGAAAAUUCUAGGCGCGUUUUGCUUCUCCGAACAGAUAUUUCACAGAAAAUAGUCAUUGGGUACCCCUUUUUGUAAACUUGGAGUACAGUACAGAUCAAAUCAAUCGCACAGGCAACACCUUGGAAAGAAACCAGGGUGUUUAAUUUGAGUCAACUCGUUAAUGAAGUUACUCGUCCUGUAAGCUCUACUUGUCUUGACCACGUCUACACAAUGCAUCCGGACUUCAUUGCCGAUAUUUGUGUGCCUAACAUUUGUCUUGCGGACCAUCCACCGGUUUUUAUCAGAAGAAAAUACUGUAAAAAGCAGAGAGAUCAGUUUUACAGUACCAUCGAAUAUCGUGACUUAAUGAACUUGAAUACUAAUGAAUUACUAAAAGAUUAUCAGCGUUUGUGUUCGAUGAUAUAGACGAUGUUCCGAGUUUAAUAGGAACAAUGCUUAACGAUGUUCUAGAUCGGCAACUUCCACUCAAGUCUAAACGUGUAAAGGAACCCAACCAACCUGUCUGGAUGACAAAGGAAAUUCUACAUUCAAUGAAAACAAGGGACAAGUUAUUAAAAAAGGCGCGUAAUUCUAAUUUGCAUGAGGACUGGGCUCAGUACACGCAUGCAAAAGGUCAAACCACAACUUUCAUUAAAAAAGAAGAUUUUUUCGCGAGAAAAUUGACGAGAACAAAGGAAACCCGAAGGGUAUUUGCAAGGUCCUGAAAUCGUUAAGCGGGACAAGUAAACCUCAAGUUCGUAUUAAUGAAAUCGUUACAGAAAAUGGUGUUGUUGGCGAUCGAUGAAGCCUCCAUUGCAAAUGAACUUAAUAAGUACUUCGUUAACAUCUUAGAAAAAAUUUGCAAGGACAACAAAGCUGACGUAGAGUUUGACAACACCAAGCUGACAAACUUUAUCUGUUCAAGAUUAAAUGCAGACACGUUUUACAACAUUCCCUUGCUAACGCCUAAACAAACUACUGGCAUUGUAGAAAAAAUUUCCAGCAACAAGACAUCUGGGUACGAUGGCAUAAGUGUGCGAGUUCUCAAGAAAAUUGCACCCCGGUAUUUGUAAAUCCGUUAUGCAAAUUACUUAUCUUUCAAUAUCAACGAACAGUUUUCCUAACAAUUGGAAGGUUGCAAAGGUGACGCCAUGGCAUAAAGGAGGAGCACGCAAUGAUAUAAACAAUUACCGCCGAUGUCUGUUUUUCCUGUCUUCUCGAAGAUUCUCAAAAAGCACGUAGCAAGCUCCCUUUUUAAAUUUGUGCAAGAUAACUUGUUAUACGAGUUCCAAUCAGCUUUUAGGUAGGGACAUUCUACAGAAGCAGCCCUGAUCAGACUUACAGAUCAGAUAUUAACAAACAUGGACAACGACGAGUUGACCGGGUUUGGUGUCUAUAGAUUUUCGCAAAGCUUUUGAUGUAAUUGAUCAUGAUCUUCUUCUAAAAAAGUUGUGUCUAUCUACGGGGUUUGUCCCUUUUCCGUCGCUUGGUUUAAAUCGUACCUGUCUGAGAGAAAGCAGUUUAUUACUUUAGAGAAAGUUAAAUCUGAACAGUUGACCGUAAAGCAAGGUGUGCCCCAAGGGUCAAUUUUAGGUCCGGAGUUUUUCCUUUUGUUCGUCAACGAUAUGCCUCUUCGUGUUCACGGAUCAACUAUGGACAUUUAUGCAGAUGAUUCCACCUUGUCUUCAAGUUCAAAUUGGAAAACCAUUUCAUCACUAAACCAAACAUUAUCUGAUGACUGGCAGAGAUAG